GGGAGUGAGUGAGUGAAGAGAGAGGGACUGGGAGUGUUGUGUGAAAAGAGUGCAGGCCAACGAGCGAGACAAAAGAGGCUGCGGCUGCAUUGAAUGUGCCGGCGGUGUGUCCGUCUCUGAAGCCACAAGCUAACCACAUUUCCCCCCUUCUCCCUCGGCCUUUACGCUACAGGCGGCGGAGAAAUAUCGGAGAGGGAAACCAUUCGAGAUAUUGUAGAGGCUGGAAGCGCGAAGUUGAGGACUUGGGACAGAAAGCUCCCCUAGCUUCGGACGGACGGUGUGUUUCUUCUCUCCUCUCCCCCGUCCUUACUGCACGUCGAGCGCGGUGCGGUUUUGUGGGGCUGGAGAUAUCACCCAGAACAAAGGAGUCUUGAAGCAAGGAAUGAACGAGCCGAGACUAGCUUUGCCAUUACCUUUGAAAGCGGGCCAAAUGCCUCUCUGAGACCAACAAUAGUACAUCGGCUGCUCGUAUUUCUCGACGAAGCUUUCCGCCCAGAAAGAGAGAAAGAGGAAGGACAAAAAAAAAACGCACACGGAGACACAUAAAGUCGGCGGCUACAAUGUUUCCUCAGAACCGACCACCGGUAAGUAGGCUACGUUGCUAUGUAACCGUCUGCACGCGAUGUUAUUGUUUUAUAUUUUAAGCCUCCAUUAAAAACGUGACUUACAAUGACCACCCUCAUUUAACCUCACUGGACAUCAUUAACAAAAGUCUUAACCUAGAUGGUGUCUGGUUGCAAACCUGGAUAGUGUAUGUCAUCCUUACAGAGCAUUUCCGGGGACUCAAUUGUGGGAAAAUGUCCUGAAAUGCUCAUUUUUUUCCUCAUAUGAACGCCCAGCUUUAUCUCUAUGGCAUGACGGUCAGGCGUGUUGCUGUCAGCAGGGGUUCAGUGUGAAAGAAACCCUCUUAUAACAGCUCCCAACUUUGCUGAGUAUUUUAUUUUCUUAAUGUGUGAAUCUCAUGUCCUUGGUGGCCACCACGAGUUCACUUAACAUGGAGUCUCCCUCUAUUUCCAUAACGUUGUGGAGUUGACCCAGAUGAUGAAGUGAGUGUUUGUUUCUCCCUUCCCCACAAGAGAGAAAGAGGGUGAGAGAGGGGUGAGUCAACUUGGCUUGUUGACACCUCCACUCAAUGGUGUGCCCUUCUCAAGUGCCACUCAUUAAAAAAAUCUGCUUUUGUUUUUAACUUCUAUUCAGUCAGGAUCCCCCUCCUCUGAUUUACUGAUUUUAAGAAUUGUGUCAAGGAGGUGAGCCUUCUUCAAAAAGCUAACUACCAUUGCCAGAUGUCCCCCGAUAGAUGCUACUAAUGUGAUUGUAAAGACAAAAUAAGAAAUUGGCACACUCUUUGUUUUGAGACUCUGUGAGGGUUAGCAGUGAUAUUCAUGCUGCCUGGCUUUGAUUUGUUUUAGUCAAGAUAGGUGGAGAGCUUUUGAGCCAACUGAAAUACAUAAACACUGGUCCUCCAGCUGUGUGAAGUAUCAAUUAAGACCUGCUCAUUUGCCUAACCCUCAUCUACAUCCUUCAAUCAUGCCACCCUGCACCCCACCCCUGUUUUUUCACAUUCAUGUCCAAUGCAUUAACACCAGAUUAAGCACAUUGUGAAUUAUGAGUCCAUGCAAAUGUGCGUGUUCAAGUGACUUAAAUCUUCCCACAAAUUCAUUAAAAAGAAAAGAGUUUUACAUUAUUUGCAUUGUAACCUUAUUAUCUUUUUUUUUAAGUAUUAAAGAGAUCCGAUGAGUCCCCUUUAACCACACACACAAACAUCACACACGCUCACACCAACAGCUGUGUAUGUAGUGGAUCUGACUGCAGGAAGGCAGGGCAGGAGGCAGACUGUGGCUCUGUGGUUUGCAGUGUAAACCCAAUCCCUCUCAUCCAGCCUCUCUUCACUGUGUUCCUGUGAGAGCUCCAAACCACAUCUUAAUGUAUGGGCAGGCGUCCCAGGGCGAGAGCAGCAGACUGCGGCGGGUCUGGGUGGAAUGUUUAGGCCAGCACUCCCUGUUUCGUUUCAGCCCUCUGCAGAUCUCAACAGGACCAUGUGAGACACCCGUCCUCAGAAAGUCUUUGGGUUCUUACAAAGUCUUGUUUGCACCUCACACCAAAGGACCACUCUGCCCCGCGAGCUGUUUAUUCUCUGAAAUGCUGGGCUGGCAGUAACCUGUCAUCGCUGGCCACUUUUCUGCUUUGAAGAAUGUGACCCAUAUAUUACAUAAACCUGUAGCCUGUGUUAAUAAAUAUAUAGGAAUGUUUUAGACCAAAUCAUUAUCAAGAAUUAUUCAAUUAGCUUCCUGUGUGUUUACAUUUUUCAUAGUAAAAUAGACUUUAUGUCUUGUAUCUGCCAUAAAGCAUGUUAUCAUAAUUUUCAACUCUGUAGCACAAGGAUUAAAUUUCAAACCACUUUAUUAGCCCUACUUUUUGAGGUGUGAAGCACAACAGACUAAAUGGACAUUUGGGUUAUUUGUGAUUCCACAUUUUGCAAAUUUUGUAAACCGUAAAGUGGCUUAUAACAAUAGCUGAACCUUUCAUAACCAGAAAACAAAAAUCUAAUCAAGUGCUUCGAUGUAAUGAGUCUGUAAUGUCAACAUAACAUAAACAUGACAUUGAGACAUUCUUGAAAAAGCCUCAAGCUCAUGUAUGUGCCCAGAUGAUGUUGGGAUUUUGCCAAAUACAGUAGAGAAGCUGAGAAAUGAACAGGACAUGGCAGGCAGAGCCGGUUGUCUUAAAUCCUUAAUUUUCUCUUGAAUCUGCCACACUGACAGAAACAUACAGUACAAGGCAGUAACAAACACAAAGGUAAAACAUCAAAGUAGCAUAUCAAACUGUAUUAAAUGAACAAAAAUCAAAACAUGUCCUUAAAAUUAAGAGCUUUCCCUUGCUAGGUCAUUGUAACAUUUAGUCAUUAUAAUUGUCAUUUAGGGAACAUAUAUGCUAAAAAAAAUCUAGUCACACAAAGAUAUCAAAAAAUAUGCUUUAACAACCAUUUCAACCUAAACUAUUGCUGUUGUAAACAUAUGCGCGCUACUUCUUUUGGUACGUUAGCCCUAACCUUUUCUUCAAAAUCAGUCAGAUUGGAGAACACACUUUAGCUGAAUUUAAUAAUGACUGGUUCACUGGUCCAGCUUUUAAAAUGCAUUAUCUUGUAAUGCUUAUUUUAUCAAACACAGUUUCUUACAGGCUGUAAAAGCCAAAUAUUGUAUUUGUCUUUCGGGCAUAACCCAUGAAGCGCUUCAGACCUUUUCUUAGGUGUUAUUUUUGUUCAGAAUCUAUGAUUCACAACCAACCCUGCCAUCAAAUUUAUCAUCCAACAAUGAGCAAUAAAAUGAUUAAACUAAAAGUAUAGUCUAGACCUGCUUCCUUCUAAAGUGUCAUGAGAAUAUACUUUUUUAUAAAUUGGUGCUUGAGGAAAGAAAUUAAAAUGAGUGAUGUAUUGGCUGAUGGCUGUUCUUAUGCCAUUUUUCCUAUUUUCAACCUAUUUAAUGCUACUUUGAUACAGGGGUGCAAAAGGAAUCAAGAGUCCACAUUAUGACACAGAGGUUACAAUUCAGUGUACGAGUCAUGAUGUAAACAAAGCUGUAUUUUUUGCCUUUUUCUCUGAAGCCUAUUUCAGGAAAACAAACACACCAAUAAAUGAUCAAUCAGACUUUGCUUUUCAAAGCUAAUGAAUGGGAUCCGCAUAUGUGUGUACAUUUACUGGGAAAAAAAAAAAUUCAACAUGGAGGCACCACUUUCUCUUUUGUCUGAGCAAAUUAUGAAUUUUUCUUCAUAUCAGGUAUAAGAGACCACAGCUGAACUAAGCAGUUAAAUCAGCUGUGGUCUUUGUGAAAAGGCUGCAUCCCUCAAAGCACCGGUACAAGUUUCAUUUCAACCUGACCCCCCAUCCCAAAAAAAAGUAAUCAGAAAUAAUUGGAUGCAGGCUUUUUGAUGAAGGACUAGGGCCGCUGUAAUUAAGAAACUAUUACAAUUGAAAAUCAAGGUAUUCUUCAUGUUCCUGCAGUCAGCAGGCCUCUUUUCUGACAUCCUUAUAAAUGUUGUUUAAGCGUACAUAUACAUUGGACAUAGCCUGUAAGUAUUACCUCUGUUUUGUAAAUACUCAAAACUACAACAUAAAUUUUGUGAUAAAAACAUUUUUUGGGACAAUACUACAACUUCCUUUCACUGUCCUCCAUCAUGCGGCCCUAUCCACCAUUGUAGUUUUUAAGAAUGAAAAUGGUAUCAAAAUCACAAGAGUUUAAAUAUUUCAAUAUGUCCCUAUUUUCGUGACUUUUAUCGUGGUGCCCUCAGCAAUGAUAACCAUGAACGCAUCAUUAACAGUCAUAUUUAUUAGUCGUUAGAGUGUACAAUGACAUGGAUUUUUUCCUUUGGAUCCGUAGUUAAUUAUCACGAAUCAACCACACAAAUAUUGGCUAAUUUAAAUUUGAAGCUCCACAAAAGUGAGCUUCAAAACUUGAACAAGGCCGAGCUUGAAGACGUCAAGCUGUAUGAUGGACAUAGAAAUCUAAAUAACAGUUAAAUCAGGAAAAAAAAAAGUUUUAACUCUGCCAAGUAUGAUCUUGGCCUAAAUCCCAACCAACCUGUCUCAUAUCUCCUCAAAUCAACCCCCUCAAGCUGUGGUGUCUCAAAAUAAAUAUCUAAACUGUGAAGAUUGACUUUUGCGGUGAGAGUCCCCGAGCUCUCUCUUCUCUCUGUUCUCAUUGCUAGCACAAAGCAAACCUCCACUUCCCAGUCCUAGCAUGCUUUUAGCUCUUUAUCACUGCUGUUGUCCAGCAGUGAGAGUGUGGCUAUCGAUCAGGAGCUUGCCUGCUUUUCUCAGCCUCUGAUUAGACAGAGAGAGGCAAAGAAAAGGCAGAAGAAAAUGAAGUAAAAGAAGCUGAGGGAAUCGCAGGUUUACACAAGCUGUUGUGAAGCUGUGUCUCAGUGGAAGGAACAAACGAGCGGAGGGGGUUACCUAAUAAAAGAAGGCACCUCCAGCAAUUAAGCAAGCUGACAGGCAAACUGUGGCGCUUUGCUAAUGUGGGCUGACAGCAGGGAAAUUUGAAUAACGAGGCUUGCGGGAGGAAGGAGAGAGGAAUGAGAAGGUGGAGGGGUUGGGGGUGCUGUAGAAGAAAGAUGUGUGGUGCUAAUGAAACAGGUGCCUGGCAGCCCCUCCCGUCUAAGUGCAGGAAUCAUUGAGAGAUUACCAGCACGUUACUCCAGCGCUGAGCUGAGCAGAUAGCCACUUGAUGUUCAGUGGGGGUGUUGGGAGAUGGAGGAGUUGGGCAAAAGGACCUGUGUCUUUUCUUUCCCAGCACAAGCAGCUUUAACAAUGCAAAUCACUGCUGAAUGUUGACAGAUGUGUUUGAAUAAUUUGACAUAAGACGCUUUGACUUCAAACACUUGUGAGAAAGGAUGGUGUAUUGACCUGUUUCACAGCCCUCAGAGAUGGGGAGGUGUGUUUUAGGCGUGUGUGGGUGGGUACACUGAGAUACACAUUCAGGAUUUCUAUUCUGGGUCGGACCUACUGUCACUGCGUCCUUGGUGGUAGUCUGAUGAGAGAGGGAAAGAGAGGGUGCUUGGUGGGUGUUUACUCUGAUGAUCGACUGUGUGGGUAAGCAGUAUAAUUAGUGGCCUGACUAAUGGGCCGAGCUGUAUGAAGGGAGGCAGCGGCACAGCAUCUUCUUAGUUUAAGGAGACAGUGUUUCAGUCACAAUGAAACAAAUAGAAAACUGCUCUCUUAACAUUUGGCUUGUUCUGGCCAUUUUAGUGCAAGACAGUCAAUGUGAAUGAGCCUGUACCGUGCUCUGGCGGAGACUUGUCUCAAGUGUUUGCUUGAUAAAGAUGGUUCUAAUGACCUUGGUUAUACCCUGACUUUCUCAAAAGUGCCUCCAGCAGGCAACAGUUUGUACAAAAUACUACCAACAUCUGAAUGAGUCAGCACACAACUUUUUGACCUAACCAGAUAAAAAUGCAAUCACAACUUGAGUUUGUCACAAUAGAUUUUACCAGCAAUCUCUUACCCUGAAAGUUUUUUAGUGGCUUUAAGAAAUGUUUGUUUGUUGUGCUUAUAUGUUUAGCAUUGGUAAGACAACGUCAAAGCAAAAUACAUUUAUCAUUGACACCGACAGCAUGUUAAAAUGCUGGCUUUAGCACUGUGGUCAAAUGAGCACUGUGCCAAAAUCUGUUCUCUUGCCUUUUUACCAUGGGGCAGAUUUUAUUAUUAAUAUGAUAUAUAAUAUGUGGUCAAAACUUGUCAAAAUCAGUGUUCUGGAUUUAAAUUAAAACAAAAAACAAAAAAACUUUUGAGCAACUGUGUGAGUAUAGUGUCUGUCAGGCUUCCACACUUCUGGAAAUCCAUACAAGGCAAUACUAAAUUCUGAGAGAAACUGCCUUCGCCUUCAAAAACUCAUUCAGCUACAAUCAAUAUUUAUUGGAGGACUGGAGGAUGAUUCAAUGAUAUAUCAUGAUAUGUGAUUAACGUAGAAUCCUCUUUUUGUGUAAAAUAUCCAUAUUUAUCGUUGGUGGUGUCUGAAUGUGUUUAAUCACACAAGUCAGAAUGGCACCACAUUGCUUCUUGAUAUUUCAUCCUACACUUUGUUAAAGGAAUGGGGUGGUUGCACUUGUAAAACUUUUUUGUGGGCUGGUGGAAAGCCUGUUUGUUUCCUGUAGUUAAAAGGCACAAUGCAACAUUCAUUAUUUCAACAUGAAACAAGACCUUUCACUUAACUGAGGGGCUCAUUUAUAACAGUAUCUACAUUUACAGCAUUUAAAGGAGACCUUUUGUUCUCAAUUCUGUGUCAGUUUGAGACACCUAUAGAAUAGCUUUGCAUGACGUAAGGCUCAAAAACACUGUAUUUAUCUUAUACUGGCAUCCUUGAAGGUGCUAAUUUUAGCACUAUUCAGCCUCUGCCUGAAACUCUUGGUUUUAGCUGCUUUUCUUGUGAAGUCAGAACCAGCUCAUGGGUGUACUUUUACACAGUUUUGUGGUCGGGAUACAACCUGAACGUUGUGUCUCUACAGGAAAUGUCUGAGGCUCGCUGUUAGUGCCCACUUAGCCCCCAAUUCAGCUACGUUAGCAUAUUUAGCAAAUGUUACAUUAGCUAAUUUAAUGAUGUUACUCUAAGCUUGUGAUCUUGAGCCUUAAUAGAAAGUCUUUGGAGAGGGGAAAGCUUCAGGUAUUCCAGUAACCUUUUGAGAUACAAAUCGAGCUCCAACCAGCCUCUAACAGAAGAGCCAUCAUUGAAGUAGUGAGCUAUGCUGUCGUUGGUGUCCAAAAACACUCAAGUCUCCCACAGUUUACUGUGUCUUUGAUCAUAACAGAGGAAAAAGACGAACAGACUUUCUUGAUGGGUGUGUCUUCGACUGAGCUUCCAGGUGGGUUUGUCCUUUAGCCCUUUCCCUGAUAAGAUGGCACAAACUGACCCUGAGUUGUAGCCAUGUCUAGAAAUGAGCUGUUGAAGGGACCUGGAAAACACAUUAGGACACUAUGCUGAUGACAUCUGUGUAUUUCCUGUAAUUGUACUUUGCCACUUUUUAUAAUAUGGACAUUAGGGAUGGGAAAAAAAAUCGAUACAGCAUAGUAUCGCGAUAUUUUGUCUGGUGAUAUAUUGUAUCGUCUUAUUUACCAAGUAUAGAUUUUUCAAAUUAAUUGUUAAUCUAAGGUCAAAUCUAUGAUAAUGGAAAAUAAAAUCAACUAUUUGUCCAGUGAGGUUGGAAGAGGUGACACCAUAGAGAAAGAAUAAAUUAGUACACCAAAUAUAAGGUUUGCAAGAUGUGCUACAUGAAAAAAAAAUACAGCCUAAAUAAGACAAACAUAAAAGAAAGCCAAACGCUAAAUUAGCUAAACAGUUGAAAAAAUUGUAUAAAUCGCAGUAUAUUGUAUUGCAAUACUUACUGUACUGCAAAAUGUUAAAAAUCGUAAUAAUAUUGUAUUGUGAUAAUAUCUGCUGAUUCCCACCCUUAAACAUCCAACAUUGUCACAUAAUAAGUAUGCAUUUAAACACAGAUUAGCACAAUUGGUCCCUUGGUUGAACUUUAGGUGAACCUUAAUUUGUGUGCAACAUAAACCCAAACAGAGAAACAACAGUGUUCGAGGCCAUCCAAGAGAAAUGUUUUUACCUCCUAGUCUGUGAAAGUUAUACUAGAAAGACAGCAAAAAGCGUUCCUUUCAGUGGACCACACAUCCUUACGGUCUCCUUCUCCUCAUUCCUUAUGGUCUUACACUGAUGGCCCCAUUCCACAUCCAUUAGCAGAUUAUAUAUCACUGUGGGUCAGCAUGGAGGAUCGAGUCCAUCUUGUGGAUACCACUUUAUAUUGACGCAGCAGCUCUCGUCAUGUGCAAACACUAUAAAGUACAUGUGUGCUUGUAAAUAUUUGUGGGAAACUGCGUCUUGCACACAUCCAUUUAGAGUUUGGAGUGGGCUUUUGUGAGUGUGUAGUCUCAUCUGUGUAUGUGCAUGAUGUUUUGAGGGUGGGGGGGUUAAAGCGAGGAUGUGAGGUCAUAGUGGUUUGGUGGUUGUGGUGUAAUUAGAGGUUACUCAAAUGAAAACCGGAAUGAUUUCAUUCAGGGAAUGCCAUGAUCUUAAUGGUCCCUGCCUGCACACAUAGUUUUAAGGUGUGCGUUUCAUUGUGCUUUCCUGUGUGUAUUUGCAUGCAUGUCGUUGUGUACGUCCUUGGUGUGUGCAUAGCAGACCCUGAUCUCUUAUGUAGCUGACCUUUCAGCACAGCUCUGUGGUUGCAUGUUCAUCUGUUUCCCACCAGUUAGCGUGUUUCACACAAUGGCUUUAGCGGAUUGUUUCCUAUCCUAUUCCACUAAAGGGAUGUGGGGUCUGAUUUAAAUAAUUUCUGUUCCCAAAGAUAACCUGUGCACGCCCUCACUCUCAUCCCCUCAUCAGCAGGUCCUCAUUUAAUCAUUGCAAUUUACUUAGACCUUCCAGGGCAAGAUUAGUGAAGAGCCAGAUUAGUGUGAACGUGUGUGGGCACGCCUGUGCAUCUGAUGUGAUGGGGUCACUUCAGGGCUUUCCUCACUGAGCUUGUGUAAUAGGAGGCUUUAAAUAUCUAACUUUAGCCUAUAGCUUUCCCAGCUGGUUGUCUGGAACAGAACACAGCAGUGCUGGUAACCCCGCGUGGGGCCUCCCCACCUAUUUAUCCAAACAGUUGAGUAAUCAGAUGAUCUCUAAUCAUAACAGAUAAAAGCUUGUCUCCCUAAUGCGGUCCAACUUCUUGCAAUCCUUUCUCAGUAUUACAGAGCCUUACUUAUGAUUGUGCGUAAGAUCCAGUCUGUAAUUGUGUAACCCUGAUUUUCAGUCUAUGUAAGCUUUAUUCAAGGGCAGACAGCAUGCCUCUUGUUUGCUCUCCAGCCAGGACAUGAGUGAGAGGGAAGGAAUAACUUGUGUGUAGUAGGAUUAUAAGGUGAGUCUUCAAGCCUAGAUCCAUUCCCAGAGGUCACCAGGCCGGUUCAAUAGUCCGACUUCUUGCUUUAAAGCCUGCUCAGCUGUUUGCCAGAUCAGAACUCUGGGACAGGCAUGUAUCAGGGUUUCAGAGGAGGGGACAAGUAAGAGAUGUGUGUACGCUGACAUGGGCUCUCUGCUCUGCUAAUGUUUCAGAGACAACAUUGUUAACGUGGGUUCAGUCUCGUCUGGUGUGAUUCAUCAUAACAAUCUAAACCAGCAGACUGAAGUUGUGCGUAAGGGUCUGAGCGGCUCAGCCAGCGGGCAGGCGGUGGUUUCCUCUACCCGAAGAAGAGGAGCAUUUUCUUCCUCUCUUGAACAUAAAAAACCCCCCAAACUCUCCCUGGCUUCAUUCCUGCAUCCGUUUCUGAGAUGAGGGAGAUGAGGGUGCUCCCUCUCCUUUCACCUGUCCUCUGGAGACACGACUGUCUGUUAGAAAAAAAAAACAUGAAAAAGAGUGUGAAGAGGGGAAAGGGAGUGAUAAAAAAGAGAUAAAAUACAGAUCCCCUCGUUCUCUCUCCUUCUAUAUUCCUUUAAGAUAGCAUUGGUGCUCUCUUUUUCACCCAUGAAGAAUAAUUGCUCUGUGUGUGUCCCGUGAAAGAGGAGGGGAGACUAUGUGUGCGUUUAAUCAUGGGGUUUUUUGUGGGAGUGUGUAUGUAGAAAAUGUGUAUAUCUCUCUGUGCCUGUAUGUGUGUGUGUUAUAGUAGGUUUUGUGUGAGGGAAAGGGGUGUGUAUGUGUGUGUGUGCCUGUCUGGGCUCUAGGAGGGGAUCUGGCCGACAGAUUGAGAGCAGCUUGUUAGAAAGAGGAACAAUGAGGCCACAGCCCCUCUCCUAUCUUCUUUCUUCCUUCCUUUCCCUCCCUUUCUUCUCCUUCCUCUUUUUCCUUUUUUCUCUCCACCAUCUUUUCUCUUUUUUCCCAUCUCCUUUCAAAACAGUUACUCAGUGUUCUCAAUCCCUUGUGUGUAAUUUCCUCACCUGCUUUUCUCACCAUAUUAUCUUUCCAUUUUUAUUUCCAUCUAUAACUUUUUUUUUUUUUUACCUUCAAUUCAAAUCUCUCUCUUUGUCCCCUCUCUUCACACUCUUUUUUCACUCCUGUCUGAUAAUGUUCCACCUGCUGAAACACCUCUAAGAGCUUCUUCUUCGGCUUGAUACGUCCCCUGUGUUCAAUUCUUUUACACACAUGAACACACUGUCUCUUUACAAAUGCACAUAUAGUCACAGCUCCUGGCUGUCUCUACUCUCUUGAUGAGCCAAAAUGCAAAAAAAAAAAAAGCAAAAAAACCUGCUUGAAAAAUUCAUCCUCUGGGAGUCGUUUUUGAGUGGGAGUCAAGUGAUGUUGUGAUUAAGUUGUUCAUCAAAUAUCAUUAAUGUGUGACAGACUUUGUUGAUGAUUUUUAUUACCCAGAUGAAUUCUUAAUGUUGUUUUGCAUUUACUCACAUGUGCUACACAUGGUUUUUAGAGCUAGAAAGUAGGGCUGGGUGAUAAACCGAAAAUUUACUCAUACCCAGAUUUAGGACAAUAACCGAUGCCAUUUUGCCCAUAUCGGUAAAUUUGGUGUAAAAAUAAACAAAUAAAUCAAAGUUAGGGUUUGGAUGUGUGUAGGUAGGCUAUGGUCUCAUGUCCCCUUUAAGACUCUGUCCUACGUUAGAGACGUGACUUCACCCCAUCCAGUUUGUAACAAAGAGGGAAAGACAGGUGAGGAGAUGGAGGAUGGUUCAAAAGUUGUAGCAGCUGGAGCGGCGGCUGAAGUGGAUGAAGUUAAUGUGGGAGGGGUUGAGCAGCUUGUGGAGUAGUUAUUGUCCAUUUAUCAUUAUCGAGGUGAACUGCUCAAUAUCGUGAUAUUGAUUUGAGGCCAUAUCACCCAGCCCUAUUGGAAAGCUUAAUAGAUUGUAUUUGUAUUGGCCAAUAACAACCAAGUCAUGAAUGGGAGAAAUGAUAUUUCAAAAGGAUGAAAAUGAUUAAAUAGGAAACUCUGCACCCUAAUCCAGAAGUUAUAUAAAUCAAAAGAAGAUUCUGUUCAGCAAAUGCUGUAAAUACAAAGCUCUGUGUCUUCCAUCAUUACAGGUUUACUGUCAGGAUAAUUGAUCAUUGGAUGAUUUACACAAUAGCCUCUAAUUCUUAGACUUUUUACCUAAUCAAAAAUCAUCAAUGUAAUUUGAUCAAAUGAUAUCCCCCCUUAAUUUUUCUUUUUUCUCAUUACUGGUGAAAGAAAGUAAAAUGCUGUCAUUGUGAAAAGUUAGGAGACUCUCUUGCUCAAAUGCGGCUCUUUUUGCGGGAAAACUUACAGUGUUACUAUCACUUAACCUCACCAUCAUACUUGACCAUAGGGAGGCUUGUGAACUGGCUGCCCUGUUGGCCCCUUCACUCUGUUAUUCUGACAGAGAGCCGUAUAGACUGACAGACGGAUAGCCCCCACCGCCCUCCCAGUCCGGCUCUCAGUCCCCUUUUGUCUGCCUGUCCUGCAGCAUUACCCCUAUGGUUGUAGUCCCCUAAUUGCUCUGAACCCUGCGGAGAUGGCAGACUAAGCACAGGGUUGGGGAGGGGUCUUUCGCCACGAUGGGGUCCUCCUUUUUCCAUUUUUUCCCCUCCAAGCACUCCACGUCUCUCUUUUUUUCCCCUCGUCCACUCAGGCUUGCAAUUAAACAAAGUGUGCUCAUUUGGCUCAGAGGCUCUUGUCGCGCUCUUUUUUUCUCAUCCAAGUCUUGAUGACCCCUUCACAUCUGGCUCUGCUGGUGACUACAGAAACACACAACCCCUCACAAUCAGACACAUUCACAUGUCCAUGUAAUGUGAUGUGCUACAUAGGUGCAACAUGAAAAAUAGUAGAAAUUAUAUCAGUAAAGCUGUUCUUUUAGAUUUAUCACAUGACAAAGAAACAUAUCAGAUUGUUGGUUUUGUCAACAAUCUGAUACGUGUUUAUAUUGUUAAAUCUCUAAGAUGGGUGUUUUCUUUCUUCUCAGGCACCUCUGCAGCCACCCCCUGGUUCCUCUGCCUCAGUGGUGGCUGCUGCGGCAGCUGCAGCUGCAGCAGCAUCGGGGACACCCCAGUCACUGAAACUAACCUACCCUGAAACACUGGACCGCAUCAAGGAGGAGUUUCAAUUCCUGCAGACCCAGUACCACAGGUGGGUGAUAAGAGUUUUGUAACGUUUCCAGAGUUUUGUGUAGUUUGGUGGGUUGCUUUAUGUACAGGUGAGAUAAUUACAUGCGAUCCAUUUAUGCUGUUUGAAGUUGUAGAUCAAUAAGUUCAACCCCCUCUGGCAGGAUUUUACAACUCUGGAAAGUCAUCACUGUGACUGUCUUGAGUUAAUUCCACAGAGAAAUCUACUAGUUAUGUGCACUUUUGAUAUAUUGCUCAAUGCAGCAUGUUUUCAGAUGUCCAUAAAAUAAGCCGUUGAAAAAGUUGGACCGUGUUCAGCUAUUCUGCAAGGUGACAUUUUCCUCUUCUCUCCUUCUUGUUGUCUUUAACACGAACAAACUCUCCUCUAUCUGUGAGAUCGUGCAAAGCUAUGUGAUGUUUUGACUGACUUUCUUGGCACAGUUUGCUGGACCAUAGGGGUUAGAUGCAGGCGUCUCUUUCUCUAUAUACGUAACUGCUUGGUGUGCUUGAUGUACAGGAAUGUGCACAGAAUGCCUUUUGAAUGUGGGAUUCAGGAUGGUUGUGUUGAGUCCUGCCUCCCCCCUCCCUGUCUGUGUUCUCGUGGCACACCUUCCCCUCUACUCUUCUCCUCUCACCCUGCUUUGAUUUAGCAGGCCAGAGUCCUCCCCCUCCCUCCCUCCCACUCUGUCCCACUUCAAACUUCUUUUGUACAGCGCCCUUGUCCACAGCCCCUCUAACCCCUGUGGCUACUGCUGUGUCUGUGAACACACAUAUGCCAGUAUGCGAGUGUGUCUUUGGGCUUUUGUCUACUCUCCAGAGGUUUACGACUGUGAGCCCAUCAGCAUUUAGCCUGGAUUCCCUGGACCCACACAAGCAUGUACAAUAUGUUAACCCCUUAAAAAAGAGAGAGGGGGAUAGCAUGCUUUUCAGUAGGGGUGGGCGAUAUGGUCUCAAAUCAGUAUCACGAUAUAUUGAGCAGUCCACCUCGAUAAUGAUAAACGGACGAUAACUACUUCACAACUCCUACAAGCUUCAUCUCCUCACCUGUCUGUCACUCUGUUAUGGACUGGAUGGGGUUUAGUCACAUCUCUGACGCAGGACAUCGUCUUCAAGGGAUAUGAGACCAUAGCCUACCUACACACAUCCAAAACUGACUUUUAUGUAUGUAUUUAUUUUGACACUGAAUAUACUGAUAUGGGCAAAAUGACAUCAGUAAUUGUCGUAUAUUUCAGUAUCGGUAAAUUUUCGGUUUAUCGCCCAGCCCUAGUAUGGUUUUCAAUACAAGAUUUCCACAGAACUUUAAAUGUCUUCUCUUUAACAUUCUGUUUUGGUUUUAUAGUUUUGUUGCAACUUAACACCUCAGCUGUUUAUUUUUUUACCUGAAUGACAGAGUCAGACUGAUAUUUGUUUUGUUGUCUGUUCCUAAAUGACUUGAUUGCUUGUGGUUAAAGUCUCAUUUUUGUUGCUCUGUCCAUGCAUAACUUAAGAAUUUGGAAUGAGACAACACUGUGGAGGUGUUUCUCUCAGCAUUUGUGAAGAACCAAAAAAAAAAAAGAGGGAAAAUAAUUUGUGCUGGAUUUGUUUCCUUCUGAUUGCUCUGUAGUACUAUCAGUUUUCCCAGAGGCACAGAGACGGGCUUUUUCCUGAUCCCUGUCCCCUUUUUUGACACCCAUUUGUACAUCUGGAUGUACGCGCCUCAGGGUUGAAGAAUGCCUGCACUUAGAAAACGGACAACCCGGGGUUAUCAGACUGUGACCACUCCUGGAAAAUUGGUCAAUAAAUCUUUGUGAAUCUCAGGUGAACCACCCUUUUGAAAAGCCUCUGACCUGGACAAGUCAAGCCAUUCAGCGAACAUGAGUCACCCUUGGAUCUGUUGGUGGAGACGGUGUGAUCAGCUCUGUUGGCAGCGGUUCAGUGUAACUCCUCAUGUUACAAAAUACCUGGAGCACUGCCCUCUUUGCCAAGCUCUGGUACUGAGAACCAGCGAGGAGGAUUAACAAUAAGUGAAUGAUGGGAUUAAGAACACGAUUGGAAAGCAAGAGCGAGCUUGUGAUUCCAUUUUCAUCUUCCAGCAUCAUUACCACCGCACACUGUUUGUGGAGGGCCGGGCUAGGUUUCCAAGAAAGUUUUGUUUACACAUCAUACCUGCUUCUACAACAGCUAACCCUGCCCACAGGCUAGUAUAAACAGUGUACUAAUCUGUUGUGUUUUUGUGCUCAUGACAACAACCGAAAACUGAUACUGUAACCAUGGCUCAUAACAAUGGUAGUAGUCAGUAUCAGGACAGACUCUAAUAUCAGAUGUCUCCUCUUCUUCUGUCUUCUGUUAUAUACGUGUAAUCUGACAGGUGGACAUGGAGCCGUAAAAAGGAGUAACUGGUUUCACUUGCAAGAAUAAAAACAAUCCUGCCUCCUUUUUGAACAAACCCAAUUUAAAAACAUGCAACUGUGUCAAAUGAGAAAGGACUGGCUGAUUGGACCACGCUUAACUUUGAAAUAUGCAGUGGAUGUGUCAUGAUAUGAUUACUUUGUGUUAAUAAUUCAGUCGAUGAUUAUUCAUUAUCAAGUCCAUUUUUAUUGAGCCUCAAAUCUCAAACACAUUUUUAACUGCGAUCAUAUUAAAAAUGUGACAGUUUGUGAUUUUUAACCGCACGCUUAAUUGCAUUUGAUAACAGUUAAUUAUGGACUUUAGCAUGAAUUUUCCAAACACACGGUGGCUAUUAAAUACUUGUCAUAACACUGAUUGCAUGACGCACAAGCAUGAGCCCAACUUGAUAUAUUUCACUAUGACUACUUUUUGUGUUUGUGUUUGUAAUGAUAGCUGGUGGAUGCCAUCCUCUCGUCAGUAAUUGGUUUUUUGAAAGAAAAAACCGGAGUUAUCAUUUACACCCAAAUCAGCAAAACAGGCCAAUUUCACUCCAAAUGAGGAGCAGGACUUUUAAGCUGAUUGGGAACAGAUUGUUUCCAAAGAAAGUCAGUUGAUUUUUUUUUUUUCACACCUGCAGCUUCUUUUCUUUGUUUCAAAACAGAUAAAAAAGGUGAGAAAUGAUCACAUCCCACAUCAUGAGUUGCUUAGUUUUCACACUGCAACGAGGCAGACCAACACACACAUCCUUGCUAGGCUGUCCUUACACCAUAAUCUCAUGGCUUCAUUUUUCAACUGUGUAGGUGAACAAAUGCUGUGCUUACUGGUCACACUUUGCAUGGUUGGAGGGUAGUGCUGAGAAGCCAUUAACAAAAAAAAAAAAGAAAGAAAUGCUCAAUCUCCGUGGUCGGUGUAAAUGAGAGGGGCUUUCACCUCUCUGCUGGAGGGCUGGAUCAUUCAGAGUUAUUCAGAAAUAUUGGCCAGUUUCCUCCCUGGUUUGGACAAAUGUGAACACAGCAAAUCACACUCGGAUGUGGAGCCAAACAAGCAAGCUGAGAUUGCCUGGGGGAGGUCUCCUCCCAGGAAAUCCAAGAGCAUUUUGUUAGCAGUGAAAAUGCGACUAACCCAGCAACUGGGACGACUUCUCGACUGCUACACUAAUCAGCAGGGUAAUAGGAACAUAUGUUUUAGUGCAACUGCAAAGCAACAUUUUCCGCAGCUGAUAACUAAAAUAAUAAUAUCCACAGGCUGUUGAUACACACCAUCCGAUUAAACACGAGCAAGAGAAGCUGGCACAGGGUGUAGCUACAUAACAGGAUUCAACAAUAGUUGUUGAAUUACUGGUUCAGCAACUGGUGACAGUUUUAUACAGCUUUAUCAAACCAGGAGACUUAUUUCCCUCAUCUCAUCACCUGAACCUCCACUUUAACCAAGCUAGUCUCAUGCUUUUGCAUAUGACUGUAGGAUUUUCUUGGCUGUCAAGCAACACAGCUUAAAAAAGUGGUGAAAGCUCCUUUGGUUCAUGUGCUGACUCACAAGUUUGUAAACUUGGAAAAGGACACAUGGCAUUUGUCUACCUAUGGAGGGGAAAAGAAGAGAUGCUCCCAUUCUUUUUUUUCCAAUCAGAUACCGAUACCUGGGCUGAGCGUAUCGGCCGAUAUCCAAUAUCGAUUCAGUUGAUUUUUCAAUAUCGGAGCCGAUAUGCAAUCCAAAUACAGAUCGGUGCAUCCCUAGAAAAAAGAGGCUGAUGUAGUGAUAGAUGGAAAAGCUAGUGAUAAUGUGUGUGUGCUUUGGACCGUCUUUACACAGUGUGAGAGAUCCCUCAAUGUGUCAUUAUUUCAUCUGAAUCAGUACACAACAAGCAAAACAUUGGUGUGAAAACACCCUUCGAGUCCAUUAUGGAGGUCCACUCCGACAGCGGUCAGUGGAUUUAAGUGUGGUCUUGUUUAGCUGUCCUGCGAACUGGCCAAAGCUCUGAUCACAUCUGAUUGCAGGCACCUUAAUGUAAUCAGAGCCACUUGUUGACUAUUAACGCUGUCGGGAAUACAUGACCUGGACGCCCACGGAGCCAGAACCAGACACACUGACAUACUCCCAAUCUGAUGCAUGUGCUUAACACACACUUAUACACAUGUAAGUCUCCAAUUAUCUUCACACACAAAUAGCAGUUGUCCAGAAAUAGCAGGGCUUAGUCGUGUGUAUUUUGUCUGCAGAGAAGGUGGCUGGAUUCUGAUGGAUGUUGGAUUAGACGGCAGGAAAGAGACGGAGGGAAGGGAUUAGUGCUGCUGAGCUGCAACUGUGUGUGUGUGUGUGUAUGUGUGUUUGCGCGGGAGGAUGAAUGGGUGGGUGGCAGGCUGCGUUUCUAAAUUUGUGUGCCGCUUGUUGGAUUUGGUGGCAUAUUUGUGAUGGGAAUGAGGGGAUGAGAAGGUUACGAAGAAAGCUAAAGAAAGGGUAGGGUUUAUUAAUUAAAGGGUGAUUGGCUGGUCAGCUGUUCUGCUCGUGUGUGUGUGUAUGUGUGUGUGUUAACUAUCUGAACAGGCUGUAAUAAGCAGACAGAGAGGGAUGGGAGGAGCUGCUGACACAGAGCUCUCAUUACUGUAAUUCUCUUUCUAUAAACACACACACGCGCUCACACAAACAGCCAUACAUCAGUCAUUAUUCUGUGUGUGUGUGUGAGUGUGUGUGUGUGUGUGUGAGAGAGAGCGUGGUCUGCUUAAGAUGAGCUCUUCCUUCACCACAAACAUGCUGCUACUCAUCACUUACUUGCCCCUCCACCACGUCUGCCCUCACACCACACAGAAGUAGAGCACAAUACCACACACACUCUGAUUGUGCGAGCAUGUGUGUGUGUGUGUCACUCCUCUGAUUGUGAGUCGUUCUAAGGACAAAGAGAAGAGUUAUGUCUGGUCAGUAUUACUGCAGAGGUAUUGUUUGACCUUACUCAUGAACCUCUGUGUUUUCAGGGUCAUCUUUGGCAUCAUUCUGUAAAGACUUGGUGAAAAAAAAAGCAUCUGUUGUUGCAGAAUCGAACUACUAAAUUGUAAAUUUGCUUCAACUCAGAUUCACCCCUCCUAACAAUCUGAGGAAAUAUAUGACUCAGGCCAUUAGAUGUUCAGCUCAGAUUAUCUGGUUCUGUGAGGACAGACAUUUGGGGCGGGAAUCACUAGUGGCUCCACAAUACGAUAUUAUCACGAUACUUCAGCCAUGAUAUGAUAUUAUUGCGAUUUUUAACAUUUUGCAAUCCAGUCAUUAUUGCAAUACCAUAUAUUGCGAUUAAUACAAUUUUUUCAGCUGUUUAUGUAAUUUAUUAUUUGUCUUUCCUCUAUGUUUGUCUUAUUUAUGCUGUAUUUUAUUUUCAUGUAGCACAUCUUGCAAACCUUAUAUAUAUAUUUGUUGUACCAACUCUUUCCUGCUCUAUGAUGUCACCUCUGACAACCUCACUAGACAAACAGUUGAUAUUAUUUUUCCAUUAUCAUAGAUUUGACUUCAUAUUAGCAAUUAAUUUGAAAAAAUCUAUACUUUGUAAAUAAGACGAUACGAUACAUCACCAGACAAAAUAUCGUGAUACUAUGCUGUAUCGAUUUUUCUUCUCCCACCCCUAACAGACAUAUCCAGUCUUAAACCUCGAGCUCAUAGACUCGUCCAAAAACCCGAUGAUAUUUAAUAUUCCAAAGUCAAACAAUAGUUUUUGACAUCAAGGUUAAAAAUAUAGACUCAUGAUUGCAUCCGUUCUUUUCAAGAUCAUUUCCAGACCAUGUUAGGCAAUCCAUGCUCACUCUCUUACACACCAAUAUUGUGAUUCUAUUGUGGAGUGAGUUUAGUUGUAAAAUCUGGUCUUCAGGAUUUAAAAGCAGCAUGUCUUACACAUAUGACCACUGACCCGCCAAAAACUAGUUACAGCUCUAAUUGACUGUAUGAAUAAGACAUAAGGCUUUAUAUGUGGUGUGAUAAGGCAUGAUAUAAUCCAGAAUGUGAUUAUUGAUUUAAUGAUAAUUCUGUCAAAUUAAAUAUUAUUUUAAAAAAAUAGAACUUCUUAUGGUUUUGGUUUGCAACCCAGCAAAUUCUUAUCAGCCUCAACCAAACAUUUUAGUUCAGGGUCAAGUUCAAACAUGCGCAUAUGUUUGAAUUCACAUUAAACUAGAUGUUUCCACUGAGAGAAACAAGGGGACUUUGUAGCACUAUUUGACAUUUCUCUCCUCAGUCAGCUCUCCUUUUGUUGCCACUGUCACCAGGCUACUGCGUGAGAUUUAAGUUACCUCGUGGCAGUCAGCAAUUUACAGAUGCACUCACUUCCUCUCCUGCUAUUUCCUUACUUCAUAUCAGGACAUUGCACAUGUAAACCCAUGUUUAGAUACAGUGGCAAUAUGGCGUCAUGUGUCGAAUGAAAAACACUGUGCAUCUGUCUGUUUCAACAUUUGUAACCAUUAUAAUAUUUAGUUUGCAACCCUCCUAAAAAUGCCCGUUGACCAAAGUUUAGCACUGAAAAAGGUCUCACAAAGUAAUAGACUUUUAGCGUCUGAACGGUUCAUGUUUAUCGAUGUUUGUAUUCAAAUAUAAUUAGAUAAAAUGGCCGUGUAUCCUCCUUGCUAAACUGCCGUCACUCAUCACAUCAUUAAACAGUAUUUGCUUUAGGGAGGGCUAACAGUUUUUUUGUUGGCAUAUAGUUUCAUUUGCAUUUUAUUUGUGGGUUGUGCUUUGUGUGAUACUACCUCCUUCUGUUUUCAUUGUGUGGCUGUGUGUGUGAGUGACUGUGUGUGUGUGUAUAUGUGUGUGUGGGAGAAAGAGCAGUCCUUGCAGUGAGUCUGGCAGCAGAGACGAGUACAGUUGGGCUGCUAUUGUGCGACAAGAUCCUAGCUUUGUUUUGAGUGUGUGUGUAGGUGUGUGUAUUUGCUCUUGUGCACACCCUUGAGAGCUGAUGAAAGAGCACACAGGCGAGCUGGGUGGGUCUCCUGUGUGUGUGUGUGUGUGUGUGUGUGUGUUAGUGUGAGUGUUAGUGUGUGUGUGUGUGUGUUUGAAUAGAGAGGCUGAAGGUUUUUCCAGCGGAGCAGAGAGGAGAGGUUGAUCAAUACUUAAUGUGAUGUAAAGUGAACAGUCACACACCUGGAGGCUGCCAGGCUAAAUGCUCCUGACACUGUAAAGGCCCUACACUGGUGCACUCACUACAUGGCUCCUAUCAGAGUGUGUGUGUGUAUUUGUGUGCUCUUUGCUGGCUGCUAGCUGUAUGUUUGUGCAGCACUUGUGUCAGUUAUGAUGCUUGUUUGCCAAGACGACGACGACGGGCUCCAGACUGCAGAAAAAGUGAUGGAGGAGCCAGACCUGCUAGCAGCAUGUCAGAAUUAAUAAGGAUCAGUAGGUUUAGUGCCUGGAAAUGUUUGCUUAUUUAAAACAUUCAUGCAUCAUGUAGUGGUAUUUAUUAGGAUGUAUGCUUUUUUUUUAAAAAGCAUGAAUCAACUAGUCUUGAAGAAUUAUUUGAGUUUAGCAGGAUGUUUAUUGGAGAUAAUAUUUCAAACCGUGUAGUUAUCAUUUUUUUCUUCCUAUUUUCCAUCGAGAUAAAAUAAAUGUUCUUUAAUGUGAAACAAAGAGCCCCAAAAUUUUCCUGUGGACCUUAUUUAUAACCCCACUUUUAAUGAGUUGAUAAAUAAAAGGCAAAUUAUUGAUAAUUGACUAUCAAACUAUCCACAGUAACAGCCAUAGUUUGGCCUGUUGUAUACUGAAAGAAAUACUUAUUGGUACUUUUUGCCAAGUCUGUGGUCCAGUUUAACAUGGGACACUUUUUUUUGUUUGCUUGUCAAAAAUUUGAAGGUCGAAAAAGCAGUUUCAAAAAGAAGCCUGGUUAAAUGUGAUGUAUUUACGUGUACAGUAUGUUAGAGUUGGGUGAUAAUAAAUCAGUUUCAAUUAGGGAUGCACCGAUCUGAUAUUUGGAUCGGAUAUUGGCUCCGAUAUUGACAAAUAAACUGGAUCGGAUAUCGGAUGAAUGACGCAGAUCCAUCGUUCCGAUCCAGUCUUUUAAUUAAUUUUUCUUUUAAUACAUAGUAGUCUUACUUCUUUUAUUUGUUAAUAAAUAAUAUUAGGUAAAUUUAUAUCUGCGUUAAUUUGUUACCUUUUUUUAAACAAGGCUAAUGUCAAGCCUGAUGCCUUCACUCACAGGGCAAGGUAUACUGUUCGUUCAUUCAACAGUAGUAUUGGAUCGGUGUGGAUAUCAGCCGAUACGCUCCGCCCAGGUAUCGUUAUCGGAUAGGGACCGCAAAAAAUGGAUUGGUGCAUCUCUUGUUUCAAUUACAACUAUGGUGUUGUGGAUGCCACUAGAAUGAAUCCUGGACUGUUCAACAUGCGCUGGUGGAGAGAGGACAGCGGGGAGAGGAGCAGAAGGAGGCGGUUGUGUGUGUGUGUCUGUGAGUGUCUGAAAAGGCGAGGGACAGAGUAAGUAUGACGAAAAAGAGGCUGCAGUGAUCACAAGCGUUAACUAGCUAACAACUGCCAGACUAAACAGCGAAUGACAGCCGUUCUGAGGCUGACAGGCAGCCAACACCCUUCCUGAAUCACCAGGGUAGUUAGUUUCCUGCCAUCUCCAGACCCAUCAGCCUCCUCAUUCUGAAUUUUUAACUGGCUUGUGGGUCUGGAACAGCUACCAUGGUCUGAUAUAAACCGGACCAGUCACAAUCCUUUAUUUAAGAUGACGACAAAGGAUCACUACUUCAGCAUAACCACCCCUGGAGGGUCUGCUCUGGAGACCAGUACCAAACUGUAGCAAACUUUUUGAAGUCUGCAGGAGGAGGUCUUCUGUCAGAGAACAAAACUUAAUCAUGCACCGUACAAGAUCUGCACAACAGCUUUAACUAAGUGCACCGUCGUGUUUCAGGGUCCAAGCUUCCACAAAUUCAAAAAAAAAAGUUAUCUAAUGAUUUUGAUGAGAAACGAUGCAAAUUAUUUAUUGUCUUGUGUGACGAUCAAUUGCUCGAUCAGCGAGUUUACCUCUGUGGAGGUUCAAUGCUGUAACAUAUGAACCUGGUAAUGUCACAUCUAUCAGACCGAAGUCUCAUUCAAUGAGAUAAACAUGUUCAGAGAAAUCAGUUGAUAGUAAAACUUAGUUUUGUUUGAGUUUCAAACUUCAGUGUCCUGAUGAGUUGUUGAAAUUCUGUGUCUUCCUUGAAAUCUCAGAAGAACAGAUCCAGAUUGUUUCUUUUAAAGUCAAUUUCUUCGUGGGAUGAACAACCUUAAAUUGUACAGGUAGAAGAUGUGCUGUAAUUCUUUGUGUGUUGUAUUCACAAACUGUGCAGCAGUUUGUUUUUUUUGUAAAUACUAUAAUUAAAAAUAUUCAUGUCUAAUCAGCUGACACCCUCACAUUUGAGAGAGGAAAAUCAAUAUUUUCUUAAAUUUCACUUCUGUAAACAAAGAUGAAAUACUCUUUAAAUAACCAAUAGCAUCUUACAUGGGAUUUAUGGCAUAAAAUAAAAUGUUGUCUUUGUUCCUUUUAGUGAAAUAAUUAAAAGAGAAAUAAUGAAAGAGAGCGUAGACAUUUUUACAAUACCCAGCAGCCUGUUUCAAGCACACUGACUAAAAAGACAGUCGGCACAUUUCUACAAAGUGCACUGUCUUAAUUAGAUGCUUCACUCUCCACAGGCUGUGUGUGCGCGCAUGUGUGUGUGUGUUUGUGUGUCUCCAUGCCUGAGUUUGUGUACACAUGGACUCACAUUCUGCAUUCAUCUUCAUGUUCGGCAUUUUUGUGACAAAAUGCAUGCAGAGUGUGUUGUGUUUGUGUGCUGGUGCAUUGUCUUAAGUCAAUACACACAUUAACGCUUCUGUGCUGCAAGUUGUGUGUUAGUGUAUGUCAGUGAUAAAUGUGUGCGUGUGUGUGUGUGUGUUGCACUGACAGAGCUGUCUGAAGGCUGGCAGGCUGCAGAUUUGUAGCGCAUUCGGAUGAUCAUCUUAUCUCCUGUCACCGCCAGUGAGAGAUUGGAGGAUCCGAGCCCACUAUGGCACACACACACACACAAACACGAAAACACACACACACUCAGAGUCAUAUCUCCUAUUUUCUUGCUGAUUUUUUUCUUUCUCGCUCGCUCCAUCUCGUGUUUUUCCCUCUCUGUGAUGCUGUAUUUCUCUCCGUCCCUCCCUCCCUCUCAGUAAAUGGUGCUGAGCCAAACACUAAUUAUUACAGGCAAUCAUUUCGACAUGAAAUACCCACUUCCUGCUCACCGCUCUCCUCCCCUCUCUCCCUCAUUUUCUUCCCUCGUCCAACUCUUUUAUGCUCCUACAAUCACAUAAUGGCACACACACACUCAUGCACAAACACACACACACACACACACAGUAAUUUCAUUCCUUGAAGUCCAUUUUGCAGGGAACGGUUAUUUCUUUUUGAGUGCGACCUUGGGGUCUUUUUCUGUGAGCACAAGUGUCUGUCUGCACACUGUCUGCUUAUAUCUGGGUCUGUCUGUGUGUGCAUGUGUGUGUUUAUGUUUUCUUCAGCCUUGUCGAGCUUUUUUUGUGCAGUUUUUGUAGCACUGUGCCAAAAACAGAAGGCUGAUUUUAUGGGUAAAGAGAUAUUGAUUUUUUUUCUCCCUCUGACUCUCCGCUGCUCAUUUGCCAAAUUGAAAUCUGAUGAGCCAAAGAAGUUUUGUUUAUGUGGCAUUCAGACCACAAAUGGCUGCUUUUCAAGUAUGGUGAACCACUGGAAUGGACUGACCUGCUGUGUGUUAUAGUCUCUAUAUAAAGUGCAGAAAACCACGCAUUGUAGAAGUUGAGUUGCCAUUGAUCAGUCGGUUUAUGAAGAGCAGUGGAUGACAAUUGUUUGCUAAGUGCUCUUUAGUCGAUAUUUGCUUUACUUGAUAGAACUGGGCAGCAAAGGUCUGAACCUUAGGAUUUCUUUAACUUGUAGUACUUAGGGACUAAUAAGAUAAUAUCUACCAGAACCAGAGUCUGCAGGUGCAGGGUUGUCACAACAAUGGCAGAGCAGAGGGAAUAACUGAAGAUCAUUCUCAGUUCUUAAAUAGACGGUUAAAUUUCUUGGCUGAAUUGGUGAGGUAGUUGUAUGAAGGACACCUGUCGAAUAUGAAACCAGUUUACUCAGCUGACUUUGCUCCGGUUAACUACUUGAACCAGCAGAUAUUGGUACUUGAACAGCUCGGUGGCGACUUAAAUGCAAAUGCUCUCUGCAGUUGGAUUUUCCCUGGAACAUACAUUAUUUAAGAUCAUGUAAGUGGUUUCAGAGUUUGCAAUAUUUCCAUUUUAUUCUGCCCCCAUCGUGCAUACAGCCCUGUUUUUAACCUAGCUCUUAUAAGGUUUGUCAGUACCUUCAGUGGAGCAGCUUCUUGUCGUGUCAUAUUUGCUUUGAAUGAACUGUUUCUUACAUGCAGAUCUCAUUGCACAAAGGUUGGUCUUGCAAGAUGAGGGCCACCCUGGAGAGAGUGGAUAUUUCAGCAGAUUGCUCUCUGGAUUUUGUGAAUUGAUAUCUUAUCAUUUAGUUUUCAAUGGCUUUAAAAAAGAAAGUAGUUUUUUUUUUAACCCCAGCUCCACUCCUGGGCAUCACUUCAUUCAACAGAGGUCUCUUUUGAAGCUUCUUGGAUAGGAGGAGUUGAUACUCAUCUCUGCUUUUUAAGAACUUAUUUUGAUUUUAGACUGUGGGCCUGAAACUGAAGUUUAAGACGGUUUAAAUGGCACUUUGGAAUAAUCGGUGCGGGCUGAGGUCUGUGCUAAGGUAGACAAAUAAUGUGCGCAGACACUGCAGGCAGCCACGUUAGUGAGGCUGAUGUAAAUCAAUGUUAACUUUGCCCGGCUAUUUUCAUAAACGGACAUUUAACCCUCUCCAUUUACAAAAAACUGCGUGCACAACACUAUGUUUUUAGAAAAGUUUUUGUUUACACUAACCCAUGUUUAUAUGCCGUCAAGAGCAUAUCAAACAUGUGGAUGGCAGUGUAGCGAGAAGCUUAAGCCCACACUAGCCAAUCAGAAUCCCUCAUAGCGGCAACAACAACAACAUCCCUUCCUUCUUUCCUGCGCACAAUCUGCUGUCAGCUCCCCAAAUCUCUGUUUUCCUCCAUUUACAUGCAAUUGUGCAAACAGAGUUUUCCAAAAUCUCCACUCUGGUUGGAGUUUUUAAAAAGCCUUGUUUUCGGGGGUACAAAUUCUCAGUUUGCGUCUCAUUGAAGGGUGUUUUAAAAAUACGUAUAAACGGGGCCUAAAACAGUCCUUGGUUAGUGUUUAAUAACUCCUCUGUUAUUAUAAACAGGAUUAAGCCGUCAUGUGUUGGGUCUAACAUAAAUAAUGGUCAUGUUGUGAAAUCCAGUGUUUUUUUCCCCCCAUAAACUAAACAAAAAAUCAUCCAAAGUAUGUUGCUGCAUAAGAUUACCCAGUUUACCAAACUGUAAUGUGCAAGAAAUUAUGGGUGUCAAAUUAUAGUAUUUAAUCAGUUGCAUACAAAACAUCACCACGAUAUUAGCAUUAUGUGUUGACCAUCAGCUGAACUGUUCUCUAAUUAUCUGCAUCAGUCAGAUGUUGUUCAAGCACUAAUGUGAAAUCCGUGAGUUUGUUUGUCUGACAAACUAUUGUGAGUAAAAGUUAAAUCAAGUGUGUUUUUGGACAUUACAGCCUCAAACAGCUGACUGCUCUGAUUGUUUGUUUCCGUCUGAUGGUCGAAUUUGUUAUUUUCAUUUCGCUUGCAUCUGUUUUUUUUUUUUAAGCUAUACUCUGUAACUCAUCUUUUCGUAAUCUCUUGUCAUUGUCGCCGAUCUCUCCUUCUUGUUUGGCAAAGUUAAUUGUUUACUGGGAACGUCGCCAAGUCUCUCGGGCGAACCACCACCACUGAGUGAUUGGUGCCAUUUGUGAUUAUUUUAGCUCGAAACAUGGUUCAUAUCAGCAAAAAAGUGCAGCAAAUGAAGGCGCUCUGAUCAGUGGAUCACCUGAGUUUUAACCUUACAGGACACAGUGACCCGGCAGAUGUUUAUUAUCCCAGAUCUGUUAAAAACUGUGAUUUCUUUUAAAUACAGAGACUUAACAAGAAUCAUGUAUCAUCUGUGUGAACUGUGCGUGUCUGUCUAGAACCCGUGUGUGUGUGUGUGUGUGUGUCUGGACAUUGCUUUUCUUCCCCAGUCGUGCGCACACAAACACAUAGACACACACACACACACAUGCACAGUAGCAUUAGUCCUCAGCCCAGCUGUGAGUGACUUCUGCCGAGAGGCAAUUCCACUGUAAUAAAACCUAUAGGGUGGGGGAGUUUAAUCCUCACUAAACCCCCCCUCCUCCUCCCCUUUUCUUCACCCCUCACACUCUCCCACUCUUCAUCCUGCUUCUCUCCCUCUCCUCCUCCCUCGUCCCUCUCCUCCUCAGCUGGCUGCCGAUGAUAAAUGAGUCAAUUAUGUGUGUGUGUGCACGCGGGGCUGGAGGAGGCGAGCGGAUGGGGCCGUUAUUACCUGUUGCGGCUGUGGGUAAUGUUGCAGUAUUAAUCAUAUUCUAAUUUUCCUCAGCCAAACGACCCCCACACCACCAACACCACACCCUGCCUUUACCCACCUCCAACAACCCACCUCACUACACCUCCACCCCACCAUCCCCACACACACACACCAUCAAUAUAUCUGCUGCUUGCAAACAAGUCUGCAUAAACUGCCAAAGGCCCAAAAUAUACUACGUCCCAGGAGAGGUGGGGCGGGGGAGAUGGAGGGAGACUUGCAGAGGUGACGGGGGAGGUGUAGUCAGAUGUGGAGGUGUGUGUGUGUGUGUGUGUGUGUGUGUGUGCGCAUGUGUUUGCAAAUUCAGCCAUCAGCGUUCUCCAGUUUUAGAGGACACAGGGGACAGUUUUGGGUGUGAGGAGAGACAGGCAGACACAGAGGACGAACAGAGUUAUAGGACACAUGGGAAAGAGGUGUUUGGCUGUCAAGGGUGUGUGCGUGUCUGUGUGAGCGGGCUGACAUGCUGACAGACCGAGCAACAGACAGGGGUCAUGUCCUGAGCAUAAAAAGAAGGGAGGCCGAUUUAUUACAUUUUUCAGGCAGAAUUGGCCCCUCUGACCCACUUCGAGCUACUUCAGUGAAAGUUGGUGAAGUGGGCUGUCGGAGGUGAGAGAGGUAGGAGCGUUCAGACAGACGGUCGGACAGACAGAUAGACGGACGGAGCGUCUGGUAAUUGGGGAAGCAACAAAAUGAGGAGGAGGAAUGGAGGGCACAGAAGUAGAUUGAAAAUUGUCCAGAGAGAGGAGAAGAAAAAAGAGAGAGAGAGAGAGAGAGACACCUUGGAUGUGCCUGCCUGCAGUCUUGGCUGCGUUUCAGGCUCUGAGCGUGACUUCGUCUAUUUCUGCUCUGCUCUGAGGUGAUAAUGGGCUGUCAGCACCCCAGUCACCCUGCUCCCCCCCUCCCCGCUGAGAGUGAGAGCAAGGGGGAGGGGGGGUGACGGAGAGCUUGAGGGUGCGAGGAGUAAUUUGUUGUCAUGUCGCUAAUUGCGCUGUGUAUUUUUACUCUGAAUAUUAUACGCAUUAAAACUCAGCAACUCUUUCUUAUUUCUUCCUCUUCUCUUUUUUGUUGCAGUUUGAAACUGGAAUGUGAGAAACUGGCUACAGAGAAGACAGAGAUCCAGAGACACUAUGUUAUGGUGAGACAUGCACACACACACUCACACACUCUCACACAGGCGCACACAGACACACACUCACACAGGCCGUGCCUCUCCACAUUCACUCAUAACAAGUGUCAGUGCCAAGUCCGCCAAUCCCUUUCAUCUGCUAACAGCUGCCAAACAACACCCACCAAAAAACCACAUGCGAGACCACACACACACACACUCGCACACUCACACACACCCCACACACACCAUAUUAUAGGACUGCAGAAUAAACAGCACUUACAUGGGUGUGUAAUCCUGUUUCUUCUCUUUGUGGGUGUUUUUUUUCUGGUGUCUUAGAUUCACUGCACGGCUGCACUGCUGAUGUAUGUCCGUAUCUGUUUAAAGAGCCUCUUAUAGUCCAACAGAUUUUUUUCAGAAACCUAUGAACCAAAAGCUGGCAUUCAGUGUCUGCUCCAUUUAAUGCUCUUUAAAUUUCCAAUUGGUUGUUCUUUAAACUGGAAAUGUGCUAAUCGUGAAAAAACAGGGUAGAUACCAACACCCACGCUGUUUCCAAUACUGUUAUUGAUACCAGGACUGAUAGCUAUUAUUUGUCUUUUUUCAUUUGAGAGAUGAUGCUGACGUAUUUAGAUUGUUGUUGGCAGUACAUCCUCUAAAAUUAUCAAUUAGUCAACCAGCAAUGAACAGAUUCAAAACAGUAGAUUUAAUGAUUUAGUCAUUUUAUGGGUGCUUCUUGACAAGCUGCAGGUCAGGACUGAGAAAACUCAGAGACUUAAUGACAUUUCUGUGUCUCUCCUUCACUCUUUGUCAGUCUGGAGGCAUAAACAUUGCAAAACAAACCCAACAAACGUUAGUGUUAGUCGACCUGUGAAUUAGGGGGACUUAGUGGUUAAGAGGCUCUGAUGGAGGAGCGGAGACGCACCAGACCAGACAGAAAAAAGCAAAAUCUCAGCUGCAGAGGAAAACCAAAUCUGGCUCUUUCUUGUAUUUUUGUGUCGUGUUGUUCACGGUUUGGAAGUUCUUUGGAGCAUCACUGCUGCAAAUCAAUCAGGGAGGAUUCAUUUUGAAGUUUUGCUGUUAUGUUUACUUUCCGUUUUCUAUUCUUUUACAUACCUUUGGAGGUUAAAAAUAAGUGAUUAAUUGUCUUUUUAAAUCAUGUGGUGUUGAAAAGUAUAUCUGCCAAAAGAACUGAAUCAGUCAGAUAUUUAACCAGUAAAUUGUUAUUCAACUUCAAAUCAACUUUAUGAUUCCAAACUUUGCUAUGAGAAGUCAUUUCAGAGCUAAAGCAUCCAAGCAAUACUGUUUUAUGUAAGCGGGUUCUGCUGUGGUUCCAUAGAUGAAAUUAAACAUCAAAUUAAAAGUAUUGAUUCUUUAAGGCUUCUGUUUCUGGUGGGACUUCACUGCCCCUCUUUGGUUUUUAAUUCACGCCAAAAUAAAGCAAUUGAUGAAGAGAUUUGACCGUCUUCUGAACAGCAUCUGUAGUAUUUGUAGUUUUAGGAGUCAGCGGCUGAAAGGUAACUGAUGGAGCAAUCUCUCAGACAGUUUCUUUUAUCUGAACUCCACCAGAGCUGAGACCAUUUAGCAGUAAAAGUCACCCUUACAGCAGCUGAUUCUAAAAAAUUGAGAUCAUUAUACAUGAGUAUUUACCGGGUAUAAUCUUGGCCCUUUUGCAAGAUGUGCUACAUGAAAAUAAAAUAUAGUGUAAAUAAGACAAACAAAGGAGAGCCAAACACUAAAUUAGCUAAACAGUUGAAAAAUUUGUGUGAUCACAAUAUAUUGUAUCACAAUUCUUACUGUAUCGCAAUAAUAUCAUAUCGUAGCCCAAGCAUCGUGAUAAUAUUGUAUCUUGGGGUCACUAGUGAUUCCAACCCCUAGUUACAGGUAAGAAAAGUCAUUGCACCACUGUACUCUAACAGCUUUUAUGUGAGGCUUGGUUGUUUUACAGCCGUGUCAGUCAUACCCUCACCGUGAUCUCUCAGAGGUUACUGAGUUCUCUGAUAUUCACCAUCUCGUGAUAGAUGUCCUUAGAAGCUUUUUGAUUUCUGAAAGUCAUUAAUUAUGACUCAAAUCUGAUGUUGCCUGAUGCAAAGUUCAGCUUUAACAAAUGAAGUAAACAGACAGCAUAAAAGCAUUAAUGAGCUCAGCUUCCCUGCAGUUGUGCCUUUCAUUUAUCACCCUGUUUGAAUAUUUGUAAUGAAGAAUACACAAUAAUCAAGCAAAGGCUAUACCUCUCUGUCUUUAUUUGUUGUUUUUUUUAUGUCUGCAAACCAGCAGCUUAGCCUUACCUGUGAUCAUAAAAACACAGCCUCAGCUGACUGUGAGCGGGCUGCCAAAAAUAUGAAAAAAAAUGUGGCAAUCUUGGCAGAGACAUGGACUUGGUGGGGGGAUUGAAGUCUUAGCAGUGGGGAGGAGGGGGGUUGGUUGGCAUCAAGCACGGCCAGGUCUCCUCUCCUGGCUGAUGAUUUGGGUUUGGAUGUUGCUAAGCAACAGGCGAAACUUGGCACAGCGACUGCCGAGCAGAGCUGCCAGCUGCCAGGAAAGGCAUCUUUUAUGGUGGCACACAGACACUCACAGAAAGAGGAGCGAGCACAUACUUGCAGAGAACACAUGCACACCGGGCACAUAGAUACACAUGCCUGCAAAGUUGCAGGCUUCAAUCAUACACACCUGCACACUCACACACACACACACACACACACACAUACACACGUUUGCUAACUGCCAGGAAAGAUGUCUGGAGAGAGAGGACCCCUGCCAUCUCCUCUCCCAUCCUGCCAGCCUGUUCUGACUGCCUAACUGCCAAUCUUCACUCUCCACAAGCAGUCACACUGAAAAGCAAAUGUCAGCCUGUCACUUUCGGAGGCAUCUGACUUUAAAAUGUUCCCUCCUCCGUCCAUCUCUAAAGGUAGAGAGGGAGGAGUGGAGAGAGAGCAGAAAAGAGAGAUCCUCACCUGUCUCUGUCUUUCUCCAUCCACUCCUCCUGUGUUUCUCAUGCCUCUUUGUGCAUUUGGGUAAAAGUCAGGGUCAAAUAGCUCACAUUAGACAAGAUUAUUGGAAUAGUCUGUCACCUUCCUCUGCACGGCGACAAUUUUUGCUGCCUCACGUCCGAUUCCUGGCUGCUGAAAACGCGCCUCAGGGUCAUUUAAGUGCCAUUGACUUUCAGCAGAGCCAAGGUGAAAUUAGCAGCGUUGUGCUUUUUUAUGGCCACUUCAGAGUGAAUAUUCAAGAACGGCUGUCAACUGAAGCUGGGAGAGAAAGGAAAGACUGAGUGGUACAAGACUCACACUGUUGAAUUUAACUGUGCGACACUUAUAAAUAAAAACAUCUAAAUCAAUUAACACAUGUUAAUAGACGCUUACAUUGUCAUUGAUGUUUUUUUUCUUUUAUGGCAUUUUUGGUUUUAUUGAAAGAGCUCAAGAGAGACAGAAAAUGUGAGAAACAGAGAAUGGGGGGAAAUUUCCAGCAAAUGAUCAUGGCAACUGGUGUGACAAAGACUACAGCCUCUGUGCACGCUGUUGGCGCUCAAACUGCCAGACCAACGUGCUCCAUCUGUUUUUUUUUUUUUUCCUCCCUCUGCCUGUUUAUGCUCUUUUGCUUGUUUUUUCAUAUCUGGAUUGAAAAGGGUUAGCAGUAGUACUUUUCCCCCUCUUCAACUAACUCCCCAAAAAUGUCACAAAACUCAGAAUAUAAGUCUGACUUUUAAUACUCUCUGACUUCCCUGUUUGGAGCACUCAGCCCCUUAAGCCUUUCCAGUUCUAGCGAGGACGUUAAUCUUUUAAAAACAGGUCACAAACAUAAAAAUGUUGUCUCUAAAAUAAAAACUGCUCACUUAUGUCCUUGAACAACAAACAGCUCUUUUACAGAAAGUGUUUAGUCUUUUAGUCUUAGCUCCAGAUUCAUGCUUUUUUUGGUGUUCUUGUGGGUAUUUAAAGCAGUAUAGAUGUGAUAUUGACCGCAGGGAAACUUUAUCUUUGAGUUUAGGCGCUUAUGGAAAUCCUUUCCUAAAGGAACCAAGAGUUAUUUUUUUUAUCCUACUUUAACAUAAUUUUCUAAUAGCACCUGAUCAUACUUAAGUUAUUGUCUGUAUGAGUCAUUUGGAUAUUAAAUAGAUUACCUGUAAAUUAGACAUAUGUAAAGAUCCUUAUUAAGUCUAUUUAUCCACAACACCUGAGAGUGUAAGCACAACCCUAUGCUCAUGUUAUUGUUGAUGUAAAUUCAUGUUAAUUCACUAAUGUUCUCCUUUUUUCAGUAUUACGAGAUGUCUUACGGCCUUAACAUUGAAAUGCACAAACAGGUGAGUGAGCACCUCUCUCUCUUUCUCUCUGUCUCUCUCUUCCUCUGUCCCGUCUUUAGAUAUGUCUCCCACUCCCUCGAUAACCCCUCUUGUCUGAUAGUCACAAAGCUUUGCAUCAUUCUCUUGCAAAUUUCUGUGCAUCUCUCCCUCUCCCUCUCCCUCUCUCUCUCUUUCUCACUGUGUCCACCACCUUAAUGUCAGCCCUCCCUCUGAUGGACCUGUAUGGAGAGAGCCUUAUGCUGUGGAGGCGUUAAUAGGAUCCACAAACAGAAUUCAUUUCUCCACCACAGACAGACAGAUGAAAAUACUCUGCCCUUCUCUCGGAGCCUCCAGAACAGCUUCCCCUCUCACCCAUCAUAAAUCCCCGCCUGUUACUGCCGCUGUGCCCCCCUCCCGAAUCCAAUCACACACCCCAAUCCCCACCCGGCUCCUCUGUCCCCAUCCCUCUUUCUUACCCCUUCAAUCCCUGCCUUACUUUGUCUUUUUGAAUACUCGCCUCUCUUAAUCUCCAUUUUUUCACCGUCCCUGUGUCUGUCUCCCUUCUUCUUUCCCAUUGAUUUCUCCUUCUCUCUCUUUAUCUCCCGUGUUUUUUUUUUCUCCCUCUGCCCCCCCCCCUCCACCUCUGUCUCCUCACAGACAUACAGUCCAUGCUGAAUUUCACUUUAAAUCAGGUCACUGCCUUCCUGCCGUCUACUCUCCUUUCCCAUCUCUCUCUCUUCGUUUAUUUCACCAUCUCGGUCUCUUCGCUUUUGUCGUGCCGCCGCUGCCACUCCACCCCCCCCCCCCCAUCUCAUUUUUGUCCUCCCCCGCCUUCCUUCUGUUUCUUCUUUCUCUCUUUCUCUCUCUGUCUAUUCCUCCUCACACUCCCACAUCCUUCGUUCAUUGGCUGUCAUUCCUUCAACCCAAUCUGCCCUUUUCUUCCUCCUGCACCUCCUCUCCUCCUUCCGCCUCCUCUUUUCAUUUCCCUUCUCCCAUUUGCCCCCCCUCCCCGUAUCCUUAUCCUCUCGAUUGCUCAUGUUCCUCUCUUCCUCUCUCUCUCUCUCUCGCUCUCUUUCUCUCUCCCUUUCUCCUGAAGAUGUCAUUUAGUAGUUGGAGUUCUCUAACAAGAAAUCAUUGUGUCUCCCUUGGGGUGGAGGGGGUGAUGGAUUCAGAGGAUGGAGGGAAGGAGGGAGUGGAGGAAGGAGAAGGGGAGGGGUGGGGGGAGGCACACUGCUAGGCUGAAAAAUGGAGAGCAGGGGGAGGGAGAGAUGUGGGCAAGCAAGAGGAAUGAGAGAGGGGAGAGAGAGGAGAAGGAGGGGGUGGAAGUUCAGUCCGGCAUCAAUAAAUCACUUAAGAGAGAGAAUGGGGCGGGGAGUGUGUGUUAGUGUGUAUGUGUAUGUGUGCGUGCAUGCGCGCACGUGUGCAUUUUUGUGUAUACCACACAUACACAAACACUUACAUAUACACAUGUAGAUAGAUUCCACACACACACACACAGAGGCAUACACACACAAACACAACCGAGCCUAGCUGUCAACAAGACAAACAGCCCGCGGCCAUAAUGAUGUUGUCAUGAUCUCUGCAUGCAUAUCAUUACUGGCCCUAACGGCCUUGUUGGGCCGCUAAACAUGUUUGUGUGUGUGUAUGCGCCCGUGUGUGUUGACAUCACAUGACUGCGGCGAUUGUAACACUGAUUACCGCACUAAUACUGGCAUUAAGGAGAAAUGGAUGGAAAGGGCGAUAAACAGUAAAAUGGAAAAGAGAGAUGGACAGGAGGAGAGAUGGAAAGAGAGAGAGGAUGAUGAAGCAGGAGGGAGAAGAAGAAGAAGAAGAAGGAGAGGUGGAGGGAGGGAGGGAGGGAGGGAGGGGAUGAGUUUGCUGUUGGCAGUGUAGCAGAGCAGAUCGAGACAGACACACACCCACAGCAAGAAUCCCUGACCCCCCAGCAGGAAACAUACACACACACUCAAGCAUGCAAAAUGCAAACACACAUACACACACCCACACACAUACACACAGACAUGCAAGGACACAUCAGAAACACAUGCACACACACAACCACACACAACACACACACACACACACACACAUGGGGAAAAGAUAGAGAAUCCAGCAUCUUUUCUCCAUCACAUGCGCACACACACACACACACACACACACACACACACACACUCUGUGUGGGCUGGCUGAGGCCACAGCAGAUGCUGUCCAUGAAUAUUUUAGCCAAACUCCCUGGCAGAGUUUCCAUUUGCAUGGACCAAAUGUAAGCAGCUGAAAUAUUUACCACACUGGCCCUGGGAGAAGCAGGCCACGCUGUGUGUGUGUGUGUGUGUGUGUGUGUGUGUGUGUGUGUGUGUGUGUGUGUGUGUGUGUGUGUGUGUGUGUGUGUGUGUGUGUGUUAUGAUUGUGUGUUUUCUUGUUGUUCCAGCUCCAUCUUGGCUGUGUGUCUGUGUUGGUGUGUUAGCGUGUGCAUGUGUGUGUGUGUUUAUUCAUCAAAGCAACAGUAUCUCUUUUUUUUUUUCUUUCUUUCAGACGGAGAUUGCCAAGCGGUUGAACGUGAUCUGUGCUCAGCUCAUCCCAUUCCUGUCCCAGGAGGUGAAACACUUGCACACACCCUCACACACACACAUAUUAAGAACACACACACAUAUUAAAAACACACACACAUACACACACAGAGCACUGCACAUUCAUGCCCCCCCCCUUACUCUCCUGUUUAACAGCAGCCUGCACAGAGGGCAUGCACGUGCAACAGACAAUAGCUCUCUCUCUCUCUCUCUCUCUCUCUCUCUCUCUCUCUCUCUCUCUCUCUCUCUCUCUCUCACACACACACACACACACACACACACACACACACAUGCACAUGCACACAUUCAGAGUUGCAGAUGGACAGAGUCUCACUAAAGCACGUUCCUCAGUCCAUGAAUGUUUUGGAGGAAUAAAAAACACAAAACAGACUUUUUUUCGGUACUUUUUUUCAGUCGACUUUGAAUACUCGUCACAUGCACAAGACAUGCUGCACAUCACACCUAUUUACUAAUCUAUAAUUUGAAGGUGUAUCAUGCAUAUCUGUACAUAAUUUCCUUCUUGGUUUGUUUCACAGCAUCAACAACAGGUGGUCCAGGCCAUGGAGCGCGCCAAACAGGUGACCAUGGGGGAGCUAAAUGCUUCGAUAGGGGUACGUGGGCUCCCCCCUCUGCCUCAUAGCGUGUGUACCUUAUCCUCCCAUUUAUUUAUAUUCCCUCCUUCUCUUUUUUCUUUUACUGAGGCAAACUGAUAGGCCGGCCCACUCUAAAAUAUCAGAUGAAUUAAGAUUUUCAAAUUUUAAUCUUUAAAGUCAUGGUUGAAAACGCUCCUGAUUCACUCAGAGCAGUUGUCCCGUAAAACUUUCCAAACAUUUAAAAACCAUGUCUGAAUUUAACUUAAUAAAAUCCUAUUUUAGCUUUAGGUAUUUCCAAUAUAGUAUCCCCAUCACGCUGUUUUAGGUGCAGAGCUUCCCUCCCCAAAGAGCCACUGCCUUGACCCUAGCAUUUCUCCUCUUGUGCAUGAAGCACCGUCUUCAUUUCCUUCUCUCGAUCACUUCCUGGUGAGCCACGCCCUCAAGUGCUCAUGAGUCACCCAGUUCUCUCUUUGCUCUGUCUCCCCUCUGUCUUGCUAUGUCUCUGCUUCUAUCCCUCCUCACUACAGCAACAGCUUCAAGCCCAGCACCUCUCCCAGCAUGCCCAAGGUUUGCCAGUGGGACCGCACCCAUCAGGACUGCCCCACCCUGGCCUGGCGCUGGGUGGGGGAUCUGGUCUGCUGGCUCUGUCAGGGGCUCUGGGGGCCCAGCUGGCUGCCAAGGAUGAGAGAGCUCAUCUAGAGGCAGCGGCCGCUGCCGCCGCUGCUGCGGAGCACCACAGAGGUACAGAAACACUUCAAGUCCCUCCUAUUUGUGUUUAAUACAGCAAAGACUACCAACCUGAGAAAGGAGUCAAGUUAACACCGAGGCUUAACGUGAUAAAUCCUGAUGAUUGGCUUUACUUUGUUUGGAAGGCACAAGAGUUUCAUAAUAACACUUCUCUGUGAUGUUUUUGCGCUGAGUCACCAGCUGUAGAGUGAUGUAAAGUGAUGCUACAUAUCCUGUGUUCAUGUUUGUCUAUGUGUGUCCUUAUCUUUCCUUUGCUGUCCUCUGGUCCGGUACCUGGAUGUGUUUGGGCUCUUCUGCUGGAAUGAGUAGACCGUGAAGCAGGACCAGUGAGUGCAACUUAUCACACACUCAUCACUCAGAUCAAGCACACUCACAUUUGUCCACCCAUUUGUUCAGCAGUCUCUGAUAUUGUAGUCAGAGUUGUGCAUGCAUAUUCACACAAGUAGAAGUCGUUUUCGUCCACAUGUCAGACAUGUCUCGGUGACGCCUUAUUUUACACAUCCUUGAUUUUGCUUUCAAAAAUGUGGAGCGUAAGCGUUUUUAAAGGUUGUGUCUCUUUUUUUUUUUUUUCUGAGAAGAACUUUCUUGUGCAGCUCUAAUGAAAGGGAAAAUUGGCAUUCCUCAAAGUGAAAUACUCCAUUUAACCCAAACAGAUAUCUGAUAAAUAUACAGUAUAUGUACCUCUGGGAAGUUUGUCCUUUUAUCAGUCUUUAUACACAGUUUAUAUAUAAAGAAACAGAGUCUGCUGACAUAGGACCAGAUUUUGACAACUUCAGUGUUUUGGUUUCAAUAUGUGGUACUAGGAAAUAGGGCUGGGCAAUAUGGCCUCAAAUCAAUAUCACAAUAUUUUGAACAGUUCACCUUGAUAACGAUAAAUGGACGAUAACUACUCCACAAGCUGUUCACCCCCUCCCACAUUAACUUUGUCUACUUCAGGCGUCGCUCCAGCUGCUACAGCUUUGGAACCGUCCUCCAUUUCCUCACCUGUCUUUCCCUCUUUGUUAUGGGCUGGAUGGGGUGGAGUCACAUCUCUCUGACGUAGGACAGCGUCUUAAAGGGACAUGAGACCAUAGCCUACCUACACACAUCCAAAACCAACUUUUAUUUAUUUUUUUGACACCAAAUAUAUUGACAUGGGCGAAAUGACAUCGGUUAUUGUCAAAAAUUUCGGUAUCGGUAAAUUUUCGGUUUAUCGCCCAGCCCUACUAGGAAAACAUCCACCAGGGUUUCAGCUGCACACAAACAUAAACAGGUUGUAAAGAACAUGCAUGGACAGCAUGAAGUGCAGGACCCGGUUUGCUGUCCUGCAAUCACAGCAAUCUAGUGAUGACCUAGCUGUAGUCAAUGUCUGAUAAAUUUCUGCAUUUAACAAUCUGCUCUUGAAUGUCUCCCGGCACCAACUCAAUUCAUACUUUUCAAUAUGAUGGUCGGAAUUUAAACAAACAAGAAGUCUUGACUGAAAGUCCUUCACCACUGACAGACGGUUACACCCGAACAUCUGAAAACUUGAAAUCGCUGCAUACAUUGUCAACACUCAAUAUUCCAAGAUUUUCUAACCAAUAGAUUCCAACUCAGCAGCGGUGAGGUGGUUGUCUAACAUGAGUCUGGUCCUACUCAAGGUUUCUGCCUGUUAAAAGGAAGUUUCUCCUUGCCGCUGUCACUCAUGUUAGAUGAGAUGGGUCAAAUCUGUCCCAUCUUACGGUUGGAUCUUGGUAAUUCAUCAAAUAAUGAGCGUGGUCUAGACCUGCUCUCUUUUUUGGAAAGCAUCUUAGGAAAACAACUGUUGUGAUUUAGAGCUAUAAAAAUAAAAAUUGAUUCGAUGAAUAGAUGGUUCAAAGCAGGAAAUUUCAGGAAUGACGUCUAUGUGGCCCUUAAAUUAGUGAUUUUUGAAGCACAAUUUAAUUAUCAAUAAGUAAUAAACUGCUUCAAAGUCUCAACCUUGUGUUGUGAGAACUCUGAAUUCCAGUUCAGUCAGCUUUUAUUUUGUUUUGGUCUGGUUCAGCUUCUCCAUCUGAGCACAGGCAUUUUUUUGGCUUAUUACAGUCCAUGAUGCUGGAUACUGACAUAUUAGAUCCUAACAUCACACCACUGCCACAGUACAAAUAUAAAAACAGGUUGAAAAGAAGUGCUACUGCAACUGCCUUCAAGAAAGACUUGAAGAUUUCUCUUUCAUUCUCUCGCUCCUCCAGUGAGCCGGCUGAUCGAUGCCUGCUGAUAUCCCUUCACAUUCAUCUCUGAAGCUUAUGAGGCAGACAUGAUUUAUGCAGUCCCUCUCACCUCAUUAUCACCCUCUUCCUCCUUCUCCGCCCCCCGCUUUCUUCUCCGUUCCCUUCUCUUUCUUCCCCUCGCCCUCCAUCUCUCUGUGCCUUCUUCUUGCCUCCUUCUCUUACUCCCUUCUUUCUAAAUUCUCCCUCCCCUUCUCACCUCGCUGCUCUUUCUCUCUCUCGCCCCUCUUUGCAGAGCUCUCUGUCCAACGGGGAUAAAGGCAGGCCGGCGGACUACCUCAGCAACGGCAAGAAGAGGAAAGCAGACGAGAAGGAGUUCAUGACAGACUAUGUGAGAGAUUUUCAUGAGACUGUUUAAUGUUUUAGUAACUGGAGGAAAGUUUCACCAAAGUGCGCAAGAUCUCUCAUAGAAGACCAGGAGUGUCUGAACAGUGGACUCCAGAUUGUAAUUGAUUUAUUUUAUCCCCACAGUCAUCAAUAUGUGAUGCUGUUAUUGCAGGAAGCAGAUAUAUCAAACAUGGUGAGGGAUUACAUCUAGUGUGAGAUAAAUGAAUCUGAGGUAUCUGACUAUCACUGCUUUGUUUCGAGCAGACCUGUAAUAUUCAAAACAGCUGUGCCUUAGAGGAUUUCACCUUCUCUGAGUUUAACAUCUUAAAUUAAUUACAGUUGUACUGUCCAUCGCUUUAACUCGAGGCGAUCUCAUCUCAGCCAUUAAAAAAGUCUAGAUAAGAAAUUUCUAUUUGCUCUGUUUGUAGAUUCGUAAAUCGACACUCUCGCAUAGGUUCAAAAAAUUGUCCUCCAACUUUUUAAAAUGCGUGUGGCUGCACCCUCUCUGUCUGUGUCUAACCUCCUGUGGUUGUGCUGUAUAUUUCUACAUAUAAUCUCCAUAUAUCAGACAGCAGAGCAAGAGUACCUAAACUCUCUCUCUCUCUCUCUCUCUCUCUCUCUUUCUCUCUCUCUCUCUCACAGGGCAGCGAUGCAGAUAAGAGUGAUGAUAAUUUGGUGGUGGACGAGGUUAGUAGUCAGCCACCGGCCCCCAGUCGGCAGCAUUUUACUGCUUUCAUCUGCAUACUUCAUGUAAACACACCCAGCAGGACCAUCUGCAUAGUGAUGAUAAUAACAAUAAGAGCCCCCUCCUCUUCCUCUGUGUGCCUUUUAUUUCCCAACAUACAUAACCGUAAAGAACAUACGCAACACACACUUGACUGCGCUUUAUUGGGACUGCUGUUUAAUCCUGCAGGUAUAACUGUUGAAGGUUUAUUCGUUGUUUAUCUAAGUGCGGGUAAAAUUGCAGGUGAUUGCAAAGUUGUGCGAUGUUUUUUCCCCUCAUAAAAGAUUAAUAACAGCAAAAACUUAACCAGCGUGACCUUAUUUUGUCUUUAAAUGAUAUAGGUGGUGUUUAUGAAAUUCCUCUGCGGUAAAGGAAUCAAUUCCUUGUACAUUUGUUGGAGUAGGUUUUUAACCAGCGAAGGAAGAGAGCAGCCGAGUUUGCUUGAGCAGUUAUAAUAAUACCUGAAUUUGCAUGUUUUCAAGCAUGGUUUAAGGUCAAUUAUGAGAUUUUAGACGCUGUGAGGGAUUUAGCAGGCGUAAACUUUAGAUGAUGUGCAUGUGAUAAAAUCUACUGUCGUUCUCGAUGCAAAAUUAAGACCGUUCACCGUGAAGCGAGGGUGGUUUAUCGAGUUUGAUUAGAAACGAUUUAAUUCCUGCUGAAGUUUGAAUCACAGUAAAUAUCACGCCUCGCCUGAUAAAGCGUUCUCUCUUCUAAAUUUCAGGACCCGUCGUCCCCCCGCAGCGUGCAGUCCUACUCGUCCAGGGAGAACGGCCUUGACAAGAUGCCCCCAAAUCGCAAGGACGGCCCACCGCAGGCGAGCCCCACCUCCCUGGCCUCCUCCAGCAGCGCUACCUCCCCAUCUCGUGGCAAAGAGCCCCUCCAGGUAAACACGGACUGCACAUGGAUAUGCCAAAACAAAUAUUUGGAUAACUUUUGGUGGCAUUACUGUGGUGCGUGCUUCUAAAUCCACACAGAACACACACACAGUUUAUUUCUGUGUUGCAUCAGUGUUUCCGUGCUGUCAGCACUCCCUGUUCUCUGCUGUAUUUUUGGGUCAAUAGUUCCUCCCUGACUUAUUAUGCCGUAAAUUCAACAUCCCACUUGUACAGUCUGAGCUGCUGACAUCUCACAGUGCCCCUCAUCUCUUUUCUGCCCUCAGUCAUCCUCAUUGUCAUUCACUCUCUGUUUUUAUAGUAUUUUUAGUUCUCCUCCCUGGCUGACUCUGUCCCUCACUAUUUAACUCUUUCCCUCCACUGAAGUGAAUCCUGAGGCUUCAGUUUCAAUCAAAGCUAACAAUCAAUCUUCAUUUGAGCUUUUUUUUGUUUAUUUUUCUCUGCUCAUUCAGAGGGAGAAGUCCAGCACUCCAGGUAUGAAGCCAGGAACCCCCAUGUCUCAGGAGUCCAACACUCCUGGACCCAGCGGACCUCCACAGUUCAGACCCGUCCCUGGAAAACCCGGCGUUGACCUUGGUAAGCACAGCUGGUGAUUCUCCUUUCGAACACGAGUCAGUGGUACUUCAAAGAUGAAUUUUAUGUGCAGAGAAGCUCUAAAGCUCUCCUGUUUCAACACUAGAAGAUGCGCCUGACAGACCGUUUGUACCCCCCUCUCUUAAACUCGGUUAAAAGUCCGAUUCUGCCUUUCCAGCGAUCAGCUUUUAUUCUGUACCGUCUUAUUUUACGUGGUGAUUCUAUCAAUAAGAGGCUGCAGUAGUUAGUAUGGAUGUCAGCCAGCUCCCCACCACCAUCUGGACUUAAUAAGCAGCUGUGGGCAGAAAUAUUCACCCCCCAACACACACACACACACGUUUUAAAUGGAAAGAUUAGGAAAGGUGAUGGACUGUGACUGUGAGCUGCCUCAUAAUGAGCCUCUGUCUAUUCCACUGUAUCUCCUUCUCCACUUUCUUUUUUUUUUUAAAAUCUCUCAUAUCACCUGUUAGCCCCCAUCUCUGUCUGCGCCACACACACCAUUAUGCAUGCAUACAUACACGCUUGUUUAUGCAGAUAAAUGCACAGAGAGAGGUUGUAGAAAAAUGUGUUUCUGAUCGUACACACACACGCACACAUAUACUGUCCUGCUGCAGGAAGAUACGGUGGCCAGCAGGGGUCAGUGGUGGUCCAGAGCAGAAGUAAGGGAUGUCCCAGAGUUUUGUAUGACAUUCAUCAGCUCAGUCACAGCCUACUCACACAAUGUUGGGAUCUGAGCGUACUGAAAUGUGGAGAUGAUUCCAGCCUAUGAAAACAAAGAGAUAACCUCAACUGUAGUUUUUGCUCUCAUUAAUAAUUUGUUAAAUUCAAUGAUUGCUGCUAAGAAUGACUUGAAUGAUUUCUUUCCCUCCAGCUCUGGGUCUAAGAAACCCCCUGGCGGUGCAAGGAGCAUACCCCCCAGGGGCCUUUGGGCUGCCUCCCCCAGGAGUAAAUGGAGACCUGCCCGGGGCGGCAGGUUACGGCGCUGGCCUCCACUUGGUCUCCCCGCAGAUGAACGGAGCUGCAGCAGCUGCUGCGGCGGCUGCAGCAGGUUACGGACGAUCCCCUGUGGUGAGCGAGACACUCUGCUGAUAAUUUGUCUGUGCAGAGUUACAGUCGUGUGUAAACAGCAGCAUAAAGCCUUUGAGAGGAUCGACAAGGUGAAACAUACAGCCUGUGAACGGAAAAAAGAGGAGUGUUUCAGCAGCUCAUCAGUCGAUUACAUGUUUGCUCUGCUUGAAUAUUAUCUCAUUAUGUCCUUCUGUUUUUCAGAAGUGCUCCUCUUUUCUCUUCUCUCUCCUUUCUUGUAUUGUUCCUUACGUUUUGGUUUUUGCCUCGUCUUCCAGGUGGGCUACGAGUCUCCCCACCCCCAUAUGAGGGUCCCUGGGCUUCCUGCCAGCCUGCAGUCAGCUGCAUCCGGAAAACCGUGAGUUUCCUUCCAGCCUAUCACUCAUCUCUUUCCCGUGUUUACCACUAACUGCACUCAGGAUCUCCUCAAAUUUCAAUUACAACCCCUGAAGAAUGAACCAUGAAAGAUGGCGGAGGAGGGGAAGCUUUUUGGAAACUCUGACACUUGUUAAGUUAAAAUGUUUGGCAGCCUCUGAGGAAUCAUUCAAAUCUGUUGUUUUCAUGCAUGAAGAAGCGAGUUUCAAAUUCAAUUUCCCUUUUGAAAACUAAAACUUUUUGCUCUUUUUUGAAGUAUUUUGUUUUGACUGAUGACUGGUAAGCAUCAAAGAUGUCAGGUCAGAAGUACAGACAAACGCACGGUGGCUUUUAAUUGGAAGAAAACUGAUGCACCUACAAUCAGAGCUUGGAUCAAGAACAUGUCAACGGAUAAAAUAAUAAAUACCCUGAAAAACAAAUUGACACUUUAUGAGGAAAUCUGGAAACCAUUUGAUAGCUAUUUUAAGAACGGAGAUAUAGUAGGGCUUAUACCUGAUGGAAAAACACUGAAUGAAAAAAGUUAAAUGGUUUGUUGAUAGUUUGAAAAAAAGGGAAAAAAUAAAUUAAAGGAUUUAAAUACUGAAAACGUGUGUACUAUAUCUCUACAAUUUAUCCCGAACAAGGAAUUAUUGAUUGUAAAAAGUACUUUUUUAUCUUCUGUGUAUGCUUUUAUUUUUAGAGAGAGUUAAUGUAUGUGGGUUUUUUUUUUUUUUUUUUUUUGGGGGGGGGGGGGUAGAAAUGAAUUUGGGGAAAACUGACUUUUGUAAAACACAAUUACAUUACAAAACUGUCAGUAUAAUGUGAAAUGAAAGUCAGCAAAGAUAUUAUUAAAUUAAAAAAAGUACUGACUCAGGACCAUUUGAAGAGCUUUAAAAAAAUGUUAAAUAUUACUUUACGAGAAUUAGUCAGACAUCAGGAGUAAAUGUCAAACUUUUGUCAAACUGUCAGUUUUUAAAUAUCUAGUAAGUUGAAGUGCAUAAUGGAUGUCAACGGGGAAACUGCACACACAAAAUAACUCAAUCCUUUUUAUAAUGGUUUGAAUUGUGCUCCUAAAUUGCUCAUGUGUUCGAGUCUUUAAUUCUUGAAGACCAAAUAAAACCCGUUCACCCUCUCCUCUUCUGUUUUCUCUCCAGCGCCUACUCGUUCCAUGUUAGCGCAGAUGGACAAAUGCAGCCGGUGCCCUUCCCCCCUGACGCCCUGCUGGGCCCGGGAAUCCCUCGCCACGCCCGCCAAAUCCACACCCUGAACCACGGAGAGGUGGUGUGCGCCGUCACCAUCAGCACCUCCACGCGUCACGUCUACACUGGAGGUAAAGGCUGCGUCAAGGUGUGGGACAUCAGCCAACCGGGAACCAAGAGCCCCAUGGCCCAGCUGGACUGUCUGGUGAGACAUGAGGGAGGAUAAACUUGGAUGGAUGUUUGUGGGCUCAUAUUUUUAACAUUUGUUUUCCAUCUUGUGUCCAACAAUGCAGCUUUACUACCUAAAGUAAUGUGCCUGUUUUCGUGCUGUAAAGACGCUCUGGGUGAUGAAUCACCUUUGUGUUGUGCUGAAGCCAAAUCCUCCAGCAGCUGUUCCACUGCUGUGGCGGCACACCUAACGUCGCAUCUUUGUCAGCGAUUAAAGAGGACUACAGCGCGCGUUAUUGCCAAUAAAUGUUUAUAUUUGUCUUUUUUGGUCCAAUCAGAACAGGGAUAACUACAUUCGCUCCUGCAAGUUGCUCUCAGAUGGACGGACCUUGAUCGUCGGCGGGGAAGCCAGCACACUGUCGAUCUGGGAUUUGGCCACACCCACUCCUCGGAUCAAGGCCGAGCUGACAUCGUCUGCUCCCGCCUGCUACGCUCUGGCCAUCUCUCCGGACAACAAGGUGUGCUUCUCCUGCUGCAGCGACGGCAACAUCGUCGUCUGGGACCUCCACAACCAGACUCUGGUCAGGUAAGAGACGAGAGGGAGGAGAUGAAGCACUAUCAUCAUCAUCAUUUAUAUUUAUUUAAAGUAUUAACAUGUGAAAGGUGUAAUUUAAGUUCAUUAGUCAGUUAGUUUGUUAGUUAAUUAAUUUAUUUACAGUGCCCAACCCCCGUGGGUUUAUAAGACACUAAAAAAUAUCAGACAAGCGUUGCAUCGUGUGUAAAAUGUAAAAAAAAAAGAGGAAAAGGAAAAACAUACAAGUAUACAUACAGUUAUAUCUGCACCUGUAAGCUACACAAACUCAAAUUAAGCCUUAUAAAUAAAGUUAUCUGUAUAAAAAAAAAAAGUUUCUUAUAAUCAUCUAAGUAGAAGUACUAAUGUAAGAUUGUUUAGUUUCUUUCUUCUUGAUAACAAAGAAAAGGGAAACAUUUUUCAUCCUUCAAUCAAGUCCUUUAAUGACAAAUUCACACAUUUGUAUUAGAGACCUGGUGCUGUAAACAAGCUCAGGCUGUAAAUCUGAGGAUAUGUGGAUCUGGUCCAAGCUAAAAGGGGGUUUAGAAAAUGUGUCACUGAAUACUCAUUUGAUUUUACAUCUGCAUCAUGUCACUGCUGUAAAUAUUAAAUUGAAACUGUACCUCAGCUUGGGCUUUUCUAUAACGGAUUCAAACAAUGCAAACCCACCUAAGGUGUCCACUCUUCCAAGAGACCCGCUGACAACCUCCUACUGGUCUCCUGUCUUUUCUGAGUGUGCCUCUGUUUUCUUUGUUUGGAUGAUUUUAAAGUUGAGUUAGUGUCUCUUAAUACCUCAUCUUACUUUGGAAAGUUAAACAGACCUGUGCACUACACAAAGGGGCGUGUUUUCAGCCACAUUGUUGUAAUGGGUUAAUCCAAUGGCUCAUUUCAUUAUGAUGUAUCUGCUGGAGUAUGUUUAUUAUUUCAGCUCACCAGAGGGGCUAGGUAGGGGAAAGAUUUAUGCAUGUUUUAAACUGGUGCGUCUCCUCCCUGUAGGCAGUUCCAGGGCCACACAGACGGAGCGAGCUGCAUCGACAUCUCCAACGACGGCACCAAACUGUGGACGGGAGGGCUCGACAACACGGUGCGCUGCUGGGACCUCAGAGAGGGGCGCCAGCUCCAGCAGCACGACUUCACCUCACAGGUAAACACACAGAAAGUGCAGGAAACCGAUUUAGCCGACAAGGUGAUGUUGACCAUUUAUCCUCUCUCUAAAUCUUGCUAAUCCACCCAUCGUUCAUUCCUCUGAUUCCUCCUCUCUCCGUCCAGAUCUUCUCUCUGGGUUACUGUCCGACAGGCGAGUGGUUGGCUGUGGGAAUGGAGAGCAGUAACGUGGAAGUCCUGCACGUCUCCAAACCUGACAAGUACCAGCUGCACCUUCACGAGAGCUGCGUUCUCUCUCUAAAGUUUGCCUACUGCGGUAUGCCUGCACACACACACACACACAUACACACACACACACACACACACACACACACACACACACAGGCUCAUAUAUUCUGACUAGGGAAGCAGAACAAAUCUCCUGCAGUUUCCUUUUCUUUCUUCCCUUCCUUUACAAAUGCGGCGUCCUCUCUCUCUCAGACGUCUCCAUAUCUCACCUCCCCUGAGGCUCUAUCCGAUGACGGCUGUGUGUGUUUUCAUCCUGUAGGUAAAUGGUUCGUGAGCACGGGCAAAGAUAACCUUCUGAAUGCAUGGCGAACACCUUAUGGGUCCAGCAUAUUCCAGGUGGGCUAUUAAACACUGAUUUUAUACGUAAACAUGGUUACUGGAAACAAUUCAGUUGUCAUAUUUGAAACAUCUCCAAGUUUUUUAAAAAGUUUGCGUCUUAAUUUCCUUUUCUUCAUUGAUGUCAAGAGCGUGAAUAUAUUUUGCUCUUCCUCUUUUUCAGUCGAAGGAGUCUUCAUCAGUCCUCAGCUGUGAUAUCUCUCCUGAUGACCAGUUCAUCGUCACCGGCUCUGGAGAUAAGAAGGCCACAGUCUACGAAGUCAUCUACUGAGCUCUGACCAGCUGAAUCAAACAAACUAAUAAUCAGGGGGCGGGGCCGAGGCUCCCUCCUGCACCAAUGACUGUACAGCGCGUCUGUGGCACCGAAAAACAUGAGAAACUCGAAAUCCUACUUUGAUGUUUUGUUUACAUUUGUGAAAGAAAUGAGAGAGAUGGAGAGGAGCAAGGGGGCACAAAGUCACAUCUCUGGAAAAAGAAAAACGAACUGAACUUUGAUUUUAAUGCUCUGAGAACGCUGGUUAGUCUAUAGCUGCGCUAUUGUGGAUUCCUCCAAAGAAAUUUUGUUUUUGUUCCUUUUUUUCCCCUUUUUUAACAAAAUAAAACCUCUGUAGUGAAAAAAAUUAGCAAAAAACUUAUUUUUUUAGCCUUUGAAUUUUUCGCAAACAGUUGGACUGCAUCGCGUGGAAAAAGAGAAAAACAAGUGGGACGGAGAAGGAGAGUGAAGGGUCCGGGGAGGGCCGGAAAAUGGAAAAAUACGCUCAAUAUUCUGUGCUGUGCAAAAAGUCCCUGCCUGUGUCAGCCUGGCCCAAUCUGGCCCGGUGCGGUCCAGCUCAGGCCGCGGCACGUGGCUGCUCCUCCUCGGGGGCGGCAGAUGUGUGGCAGAUGGCAGGAUGGUGUGCUGUGAAGUCCCAGCAGUUUUUUUCUCUCUGUUAAGUUUCAGCAGCGACAUGAUUGUAUCAUCUCCACUUCAUCACUGCACAGAACAGGGCUCGAUUUCCUCCAAAGUGUCCUGACAGUUUUGUCUUUUGUCCUUCUUUUUUAUUUUGCUUUUCUUUACACGCGGACAAAGCCAGAUAUAUUCACAAGAAAGAAACCAGGGACACAAAAACCAGAGCCCAAAGGACAGAACACUGAAGUCAGUCCAAACAGCUCACACCAGGUUCUCCCUGAGCGGGGCCUCAUCAUCAUCAUCAUCAUUGUCGUCAUCAUCCUCGACACUCAACCUUUGUGUUUUCUUUUUGUAUUUGUUAGGGCACAUAUAGACAGACAGGUAUUUUAACAGCUGCAUCAUGAACCUUGAACCUUGCUAUAUAUUGACAUGUAAAUAAAGCUCUCUAAAGGCAAGCAAAGAUGUUACAUUUGACUUGGAUUUCCUUUGAGGGGAGUGAUGGGAGUUUGGAGCAGCUGUUGUCUGUGAUUGUGUUUGUCUUUCAUAAACAUCUACGUGAGAAAAGAAGAAAAAAAACAGACUAACAGUUGCUGAAGGACUGAUGCAGGUUUGAAAGAUAAAAAAUGGUCUCUUGCAGGAUGGUCUCAGCUUGGAUGUUUUAAAAAUGAAAAUAAAAAUCAAAAGAAGCA